AUGGACCGCAACGCGCGGCCGCCGGCCACCACGGUCAGCACCAUAGCGGUCCGGAGCGGCGCCACCAGGAUCGUCAUAGCCCUGUUACAGGUACGCCCCUGACCACACACUCGCCGGUCGCCGCGGUUAAUGUUAUUUUCUUGUCGCACCCUGACCCACUCCCACUCGCCUCCGCUCCGAGUUUUAUCGGUCGGACCGAUCGCCGAGUGCCCCUCGGGUCGCGUCAGCGACAGCACCGCCCCGCCAAAAGAGCAAAAAAAGAAAAACAGAAGAGACAUACCGCGGCGGUCGCCUGUUGUGCAAUCAUAAUAUCACCGCGUAACCGUUGUUCGGACACGAGCAACCGGUCGUCGCGGGUAUCAACGGCGCGUCCGCGUGUGCCGUAGUUUUGGGGGCGCGGGGAUGGUGGAUCGACACGAUUUCCGUACGAGACCGUACCGACCAGAGCCCGCCGCCGACGUUACAGAAUCUCCCCGCGCGUGUCUCUCGGCGGCCGUGGCGGUGGGUGGUGCGAACCCCCGAACAUCCCCAUCCCCACCUCCCACCCCACACUACUCCCGGUGAAUACGCGGCCGACGAGCGUUGUGUACGGCAACGCAGACGCGUCGAUGUAUUGUCGGCGAAUUCGUCGUUUCGUCGACGGUUUACGGCCGUCCGUAAUGUUGGCGAACCGCGGCCGGGCGCGAUUAAUUAAUACGGAUAAAUACGGCGUUUCAACGCGUCUAGGCGCGUCGCCGUGGCCGCGUUUAUCUCGGGUUGGCCGUUUUCGUUUUCCUUCUCUCGUUGCCGACGCCGGCGAAUAAUACGAAUUUAUCGCAACGGUACUGUUCGCGCGCCGUCGCAUAUCUGUUUUCUUUCCGUUGUUAUCAACGCCGGUAAUAUACUCGCGGUAUUUGAUUUUUUUUUUUUUUUCCAUAGUCCGCAGCGGUCGGCUGUUGCGCGUGCCCGGCGCGGGAAUAUUUUUUUAAUCGCAGAGCGGACAUUUUUUUGUUUUUUUUUGUUAUUCCGAAGAAUUUUUACGCGACAUAGAGUAUUAUUUCGCUAGAGAAUACGCCGCGGUCGAAUAACAAAUCCAUGUCCGUCGACUCGUGCCCCGCGCUCAGAGACGGCGAUUUCGGGAACGAUAAGGGGGUGCAUCAGUUACGAUUACGAAUAAACAAUUUUUCGUUAUACAUCUUGAUUUCGUGUCUUUUUUUAAGCUGCAAAAAGAUGAUCGGUGAACAUUCGAAUUUUGUCUUCAGGAAUCGGACCGUUCGCGGCUUAAAAUUAUCUUGAAAUAAUUCGAAAACUGAGUCAAUUAUCUGCGAUUUAUAUUUGAUUUGUGAAGAUCGAACUUUCAAUGAAUGAUGAAAUUCUCCCCUUUGGCUUUGAUAAUGUUCAUCUUGUUUCCACGAAGUUUCGAUUUUAUUCGUUUUUUCGAAAACAUCCGUGAAGCAACCAAUAUUUUUAUUCGAUAUCGUUUCGCGUUUGAAAGCUCACCACUACAGCUCACACGAAUUGCCCCUCCCUCCGGAAGGACCGAAAUGGGGGGGGGGGGGUGGUACCGAGUCGUCUGCCCGGGGUACCGGCCGACCGCGGAAAAUAUCCGAGGAUCCGGAACCUCUCGUGCGCGUAUACGUGUAAAAAUAGGUCCGCGCGACUCCACGGCCCGCGAAAUCCUCUAUAGGACGUGGGAUUCCCCGUAUACGCCUUUUUUUUUUUCUUCUUUUUUUUCGUCGUCCAGCCGGCGUACCCGUUCUUACCCGGACGGUUUUCUCCGCGGCAUUCCGUCCGCAUCAACGCGCAGUAAUUAUGUGGCGUCAAAGGGGUUUUGCGGGUACUGGGCCGCGCGCGUUACGUUACGGGCAUUGUCUCCGUCACGUGGCCGCGUCCGACGAAUUUCUCGAGGAAUGCUGCCCCGGCUCGACGAUUCCUAUUUUGGGCAUGGCGGAAAUGAAAGUCAAUGAAAUAUCAUUAGUAUCGCCGUGCUGCCGGUCGGUCGGUCGGUCGGUCAUUGCGGAUGGAAACGGCGGCGGCGGCGGCGGCGACGACGGUAUAGUGACGGACGGCUAGCCGGCAACAAUAAUACCGCGGUGUUCUUUCGAGUUCCGAGAAAAAAAAAAAAAAAAAAUGCGAUUUCAUAAUAAAAUUUUUAUUUUCGAAAUGUGUCCCGUUUAGUGUUAUUAUUAGUUUCGGUCGAAACGAAAACGCAAAAAAGAUACGGGCGUACUUCGCACGGUGGGAAUACGGUAGGGGGGAAAUUUAAUUUAUAUAUGUGCGAAACGGUAGUAGCCAUUGCUAACGAAUAAACGAUUCUGACCGGAGUUCGGUUCAUAGCGUUGCUUUGUCAACAAUAUUUGAUGUGUCAUAUUAUGGUAAAAUAAUUGCAUAUUAUGCGUUAUAAAUUUUCUUGAAUAAUAUUUGUUCAAUAUAAUUGUACCUAUUCUCUCGUUUUUCCUAUGUCUUUUGCCGGGUUUCGCCAUUUAUUAUGAACACAGCUGGGAAAAUCAAAAAAUUGUCUUUCUAAAGCAUCACCCCAGUUAGAUUUCCUUUCGGAAAAAGUGCUAUAAUUAAAAAUCGGAGCGAAAUCGAUGGUAGAAAAGUUGUCCGCAGAAAAAAAAUUUAACAUCAUUGUAAUACCAAUAUAUUCUUCGCUCUGCUCAGAGUCUAAAAAAAGAAAUUGUUCGAUUUUCGUUUUCACCGAAUGUAUUUCUUCGUAAACUAUAUGCAGUUUCAGGACCGAUUUAGAGUUAUCCGCAGGUGACCACGAUGAGGCGAUUGAUUUUUUUUUCUUCUGUAAUUCGGUAUAUUUCGUUUCAUUUUCGCGGUGCCGUAGAUAUUCAGUACACAUUAAUAUUGUCAGUCUGUGAAGUCUUGUAACACUUCUAUAUCAAAUGGGCACUAUCCCGAGUUCCGACAUGACGGUUAUACACUUACCAAUGUGCUAUAAUAGUUAUAAUUAUAGCCGUUCUCAAACAAUAUAAUAGUAUAGGUAUAGAAAUAGAUUCGGCGGAAACUUUUUUUCAUUUUGGCGAAGAAACUAUGCGUAGCUGUGCUCGCUUAGUAUUUCAUUCGUCGUUUAUCACCUAUUAACUGAAUUACCCUGAUAUUCCCGGACUUUCAGAAAAAAAAAAAUAAAUAAGUAAAAUAAAUAAAUCAAAUUUAACGUAUGUCCCCGUUUUCGCCCGUAUCCCCUAUACGUGUCUGUGAUAACGAAAUUAAAUAAUAAUAAAUGGUGUUUUUUUAUCCGUGUCACUAUCAAGGUAAUCCAAAAAUCAAUCAUAAAAAAAAAAAUUAUCGAUUUGUUCACUUUAAAAUAUUAAAAAGUGUGUUUCACAAUUCCGAGAUAAAACUGUUUUUUGAAUGUCCGUUUAGCGAAGAUUUGUAUAGCGCACGGGCAUAUACAGACACGUGGAAUUUUCGUUUUCUACGUAAGACCGUUUUACGGUUAAAACGAUUUUCCUACAUCGAUCCAUUAUAAUUAUGUUAUAUUAUUAUAAUGACCCACUGGGUAUAGUUAUAUUUGUUCGGAUGAUGCAUUUAUCGCGUGUAACUCGAGUGUAGUGUUCCUAGCGUGAGAUUGAAUUUUGCAUGCCGCCCAUAUAAUUUGUUGGCAUGAGAUGUUCCGUAUUUUUAGAAUACGGAAUAUAUCCAGAGGCAAACAGCAGGAGUUCGUUUGCCAUUGCCCGGUCGUUUCCACUGCGAAUAAUAAACGCGAUAAAAAAAAAUAAAAAAAUAAAUUUAUAUUAUACAUAUAAAUAGAAGAAAUCAACAUCGCGCUAUCAUGCACUGCGCCGCGCGGUACAUCUAUGGGCUAUCUCGAAAAUAAAUAACCCUUCUGCGAGUGGAUAUUUUCGGAUUUUAUACUGAAAAAACGCGGUCGUAUUCGUACUAGUAGCCAUAAUAUAAUAUUUCGUCGGUUUUUCGAUAUUUUCCGCGCGAUUAUCGAAUUUGCUCACCACCGCCUUGGCGGUAAAUCUCGAAAAUUCAAAAUUUGUAACUACAUUAAAUCCUGGUCCACACACGACGAUAUAGUUGUUGCCACGCGAUAAUCAGCGCAUUUUUGAUCACUCUCACUGCCAUUAAAAAAAAAAUUAUUUUCUAUAAUGAACAUGCAGUGUAAACAAAACUUACUCUACUGUGAUUUCCAUUACUUGAUCUACUAUCUAUAGCCGUCGGACAAAUUAUUGUUUUCAGUCAUUGUGUAUAAUAGUGACACACUAAUAUAUCGCUGUGUCGUUGAAUAAUAUUCGAAAUCGCAAUUCGCUUAUACUGAAAACUGUACGAAAUCGACUAUUUCCACAGGACUGAAGACAUUUUUCCAAUCGGUAACCGCACGCAUUAAUAAUUUUUCGUUUUUUUUUUCCAAAACAAAUUUGAAACUUACAAUACGGUCGAUGUAUAAGAAUAACUUUACAAACCGGUAAAAAAUACACAAGAUAUAUUAUUACUACGAUGUGUGUGUGUGUGUGUGUGUGUGUGCAUACAAGCUGAAAUAGGUACUGCAAAUGAAAAAAAAAAAAAAUAAAAAUACACUUUGUACGGUAGAAUUUAUACAACUGUCAUAUUACCAUUCGCAUGUAAUAUAUAAUAAACCGUAUACACUGUCGCGCGGGAGACAUGACACACAUAUUAUCGUCACUGUGACCCGGGAAAUUUAAAAAAAAAAAAAAAAGAAAUAAAUAAAUAAAUAAAAAAUUACAUAUAUAUAUUUAAGUAAUAUAUUAUUAUGUCUAUCGCGUAAUACACCGAGAGUGUGAAAUUAAUUUGAACUUGACAUUUUCAUACUCGUAUACACUUGCAAUUUACAUCUGUAAUACAACAUUUGUACGGUAUUAUACACUUUGUAAUAACUAAUUAUUAAUAUUUUUCGCGGGAAUUUAAAUUUUACAACGUUACAGUUGAUUAAAACACUAAAUACUGCGGUAAAAAUAAAAAUGUUAUUGAAAUUACACGUCAUUUAACAUAUUGCAGUGGGCUUUCCCUAUAUACUUUCUUGGGUAAGUUAUUUUACGAAUUUAAAACGUUUUGUUUUUAUUUCUUACAAAGAAUGCACAAUAUCGGAAAAAAAACCAAUGAAUACUAAAACGUUGUUUCUUCCCUCAGGAAACAUUUUUUUGUUUAGCGAAAACACCCCGAAUAUUGUAUCUCUACUUUAAAAGAUGCGGAUUGUUUGGCUACAGAUAUACUUUAAAUUUUUUUUUUUAAAAAUUCCUGACAGUUUCUAAAAAAAUUGGGGAAAAAAAAACAAACAACAAAAUUAAUAAACUUAGUAUUUAUUUUUGUCGAUUUCUGGGUUAUAUUGACCGUUACGAUACGGGAGCAAAUACAUUUUGAUACUUUACCAGUUUACCGAGCUCCAUUAAAAAUUCUAUGCUUCGAUCGCGAUGAUUUCAGUACAAUAAUGUAACGUAAUUAACUUAUAAACCAACCUAACCUGUAUAAAACGGAAACUACUUCGACCAACUCGACUGCAGUAUAUAAUAUGACCGCAAUAACUUUCAAAAUUUCCACCAACAACGGCGGCCUACCCAUGAAGUAUAUUUAGUAUUUACGUUUAACGGUCGGUUUUAGAUUUUGAGUUUAACGAAGAAUGUAUUGGUUUUACAAAGAUGUUCAUUUUUUUGUUUAUUUUUUUUUUAUGUGAACACUUUUUCUACCAGAAAGCUUACUCCGAUUAUCAAGUAUAGGACUUUUUCUGAAAGAAAAUGUUUUCUGAAUGGUACUUUAAUAUUCGAGAUAACGAGGAAAACCAGCUUCUUAAGGUUUAAAAAUAUUGAAUAAGGUUUUUAUCUAUUUUUUGUUAUUAUUAAGUUUAAAUUAUUUUAAUAUUUUUUUAAACAAUUAUUGUUGUCAUGGAAAUGCACAUUAUUGUAAUAAUUUUACCAUAAUAUUACAUAUAUAUAUUGUUGACAAAGCAACACUAUCAACUGAACUCCGCUCAGAAUCGUUUUAUCGUUAGCAAUGGUUUAUCGUUGCUUACAAAUAUACAUUCAAUUCCCGUCUGCGUCCUACCCUCCCAAUUACCCACUUACAACAGUGGCUGCACCCACGUGAGAAGUAUGUCCGUCAUUUUUUUUUUUGUUUCUCCUACAAUUCAGUAUACCCAACUACGUAAUAUAUUAUGACGUUAUCGAAUGUAUCGAUUUUGGAACGCGUCCGACAUCCGAAUUAUUAUUAUUAUUAGCUACCUAUACGUUUCAAUUUAUCGGAAAUAAUAGGUCGUAUUCUAUUAUUAUUAUUUUAAAAUUUUCUAAACACGUUCCGUGAACCCGCGGUUAAACCUACGCAUUUUGAACGGGAAACAGAAAAAAAAAAAAAAACAAUAGACUAUUACGGGUAACACGAAUAAUAUAAAUUCUCCGAUUGUGUAUACGCGCUGUGGGUAUACCGUAAUAAUAUUGUUAUUAUAUUGUAAAUGACGUGUGUCGCGUAUAUCCGAUUUUUGAUAAUAUUUCUCGAGGCCGCGUACACCUGAUUGGUAUACGGCGUACAUUACUCGACGAAUUUUUUAUUAUUUUUUUUUUUUUUUCUAAAUAUCGUCGUUAUACUAUUACCCGCAAUGCUCGCGAUGAAACAACAAGUAUUAUGCCCGUGUUUUACGUUGAUACGCCCCAUAAUACAACAUCACUUAGCGUGCGUAUUAUGCAUGUUGCCGUACGGAUGCGCGUUACCCGUGUAUUUUAAUACAAUCGUACGAAAAGACGUCGUCGACUCAUCGUGGACGGGAACCCGUAAAGUAAACCCGGAAUCUUAAAACCUGUACUGUAGAAAUCCGGAGAGUAUAAAUCUGGACUGUUAAAAUUUGGACCGCGGAAACCUAGAAUUUAAAAUUACAAAACCUGAACGGUGCAAAUCCGGACAGUAUACAAUUGGACGGUACAAAUCUGGAAAGAACAUAUCCGUUUUCCGAGCCGAGAAAUUCGGGAAAUUCCGGGCAAAAGUAUUUGAAAUUCGACUUAUCCGACACAUAAAUAGGUAUGUCGAGUGUUGAAUCGUUAAAAAAAAAAGCACUAAUGUGUACCCACGAGUAUGAUGACGUUAUAAUAUUUCCGAGUCGGCGAAAAAAAGUUUUUUGUGGAUAUAUCGGUAAAAAUUACGUAAAAUUUACGACACCUCAAAAAAAAAAAUAAAAAAUAAAAAACAUUGACACAGACAUACAACUAUAUCUAGGUAUUAUAAUAUUAUAUUCGUUUUGACUUUAAAAUAUAUUUUUUUCAUAAUAUUUAUUACGUUCUAUGUGGGCAUCUAAUAACCGCAAUGUGUAGAAAAAAAAAAAAUCAUGAAUAUUUUUUGUUUUUUAUUUCCAAUUAUAGCCGUACGUCCGUCGUAACGGUUUUUAACCGAGAUGUUUAAUAAAACGGCUAUAGCGCGAAAAUCCGAAUGUUGUAAAUCUAUACGCGGCGAACGCUUUUAUUUUUUUUUUUACGUAAGGAUUUUGAACGAAUAUGAUAUUUUUUCGACCAAAGUUCUUUUUCACCAAUCACAUUGAAAAAAUCGUAAUUGCACGUAGAAAAAACUGCGCACUCGCAGACAUAUUAACGACACACUGAACGAUUAAAGAUCGACUGGCGAUAAUUUCUCACACGCAAAUCGCAUCGCUCGUUUGAUAAAAGUUGACCACAACGGCCGCCACUAUACAGUAUAUUGCGCUCUUAAUGUGCAUUUACAAUUCGGAAAAUUGUGUGUACUGUUGUGACAAAGAGUUGCGUUGCAGUCGUAAUCGUUAUAAAUAAUGAAUUAUAAAUGUGCGCCGGGUAUAAAUUUUAUUCAAAUUUUUUUCGGUUGAGAUGAUGUCAUAAUAUAAUAUCUCCGCAUUAUGCGUGUUGCAGUAUUGUCCGCUUAACUAACGUACGGCAUUGCCAAAAUUACGUUACUCGGGUCUUAAACUGUAGCGUUUAAAUUGAAAUUGGAGUUUAAUCAUAAACAACACAAUUUUAAGAAUUUAAGUUAUUUAAAAAAAAAAUUAAAAAAUUUUAAACUCUUAUGUCAGACAUUUUUUUUUUUUUAAACUACAUACAAUACAUUUUGGAAAGUAUAAUAUUAUGUAUAAUUUGUUGUAUAAGAUAAGUUUAUUUUAUUUUUUAGAAAAUAAUUUACAAUAACACAAAGACAAAAAACAAUCAACAUUAAUAAAACUAUUGUUAUACUUAUAAAUAUAUAUAAUAUAUAUAUUAUAUACCUACUGGCGUUUUCGUCCGGCGAUGUCCUGGCCGAUUUUUUUGUUGUUUAUUCUAUCCGUAUCACCAAGGUAACCAACGAAUAAACAAAAAUAAAUAAAUAAACAAUUAUAGAUAUUCGUAUCAAAAAUAAGGGGUGAGUUUUCAAAACUCCUUUCUUACCGGAUGCCCAAGUCAUAAUUACUUUGUGUAUGCUAAAUUUCGGCCCGAACCUUCCAGUGGUUUGGGCUGUGCGGAGAUGAACCAGUCGGGACAUGUCAUUUUAAACCUUAUGUUUACCUAUGUAUUGAAACGAAUUAAAUUUUUUAAAUAAUAAUAAUUCGAAUCUACAGGGGUUUCGAAAAAAAAAGAAAACAAUAUCGAAUUUAUUAAAAUAAUAAUCACCGUUAUUAUUUUUUCAAUUAUAAAAUUAGUAUGCAAGACGCAAAUGACGGGUAAAUUAUAAAUUUUCGUCUUUAAAUCAUAAUGAAUUGAAAUUGAUAAUCGCUGUAAGUAGGUGUGUAGGUACAUCGCGCGUUAUGUACGCGUCACUGCAUUAUGUACGAGUACAUACUUACAUCACGAGCAAAAAAAAAAAUAUUUGUUUACACAUGUAAUAUUAGUUUAUCGUUAUUUUUAUUUGCGUUUAUUUAAUAUUUUCGUGCACAUAAAGUAUAUUAUCGAAACUAUUAUACAACUGCAAUCAUUUGCGAUAGGUGCAGGUUCAGGUACGUUUAAUGUGUAAAUUUAAAAUUAAAAAAAAAAAAAUAACUUAAACAGGUAACGAAAUACACUUAUAUCAAUUGAAAACAGUUUUGUAUUGAACGUUGUUAAAAAAAAAAAUUGUUAAAUAUCGUACUGCGUGUGAAACAUAAUACGAAUAAAAUACCAUACUUUUAUACCCAUACCUAAUAUAGACUUAUAUUUUCAUUUGAAAUGUAUAAGCAUAAAAAAAAAAAAAAAUUUAAUUUUGUCAAGAAAAAAAAACCAUUAAUGCGGUCUUUUACCGUACACUACGGUUCUAUUUAUUUCAUAUCCAUACAAAUAUUAUAAUUAUUGCGAAAGUAAUUCUGUUUGUCUGUUACUAUUUCACGCCUAAUCCUCUGAACCCAAUGGAAUUCAACAAGGUUUACAACAUGGUUUUCAACAAGGAGAUGAAUCGCAUCCUGAGGCUAUUUUUUUUAUCUAAAAAUAAAAAAAAAAACCUAAAGGAGGUAUAAAUGAAAUUCGUUUAGUUUAGUUAUUAUAUGUUAUCUAGAUAAAUAAUUUUUAUCUCAUCUUGACAGUUUUAUAGUUAUCUUUGUACAAAACUAUUGAUUACCAUAAUAAUAUCGUUUUCAUUUUUUUUAGAUUUUGAGAAUAAAUUUUUUUCCCGGAAGUAGGUACUUUAUUUGCAAUUCACAACCUCCUAGAUCUUUUUUUCUCAAAAAUCACUCUCUCGUUUAGUAAAAUUUCUCUAUUUUUUUUUUCACUUCAGUACUAUAAAAGGAUGGGGAAAUUGUUCGGUGGUACGUUAUUAUAAAAUAUUUUCUAGAUUCCUCACUUGAUAACAAAUUAUGAUAUAUUAGUUAUAUUUUUGUUGAUUUUUGGGUUAUCAUAGGUAUUAUAUAAAAGGGUACAAAACCUGACUAAUACUAUAAUACAAUCUUAUUUAACUGUUACUAUUUACUUAACUAACCGUACUCGUAUUUUUCAUUGCGAUGAUUUAUCGUUGCUUUUGGACGUUUCGUUAUAAUAUUAUGUAAAAUAAAUCGCCCGAUAUAUAUCCAAUACGUUACAAACUUUUUGCCUAUACAAUAAUAUAAUAGUAGCCUAUCCAUUGUGUUUCGCAUAAACAAAUGUUUGAUUUUGAUUAUUCGUAUGUAUGUUUUAGUCCGCACGAGCGCGUAACAAAUUACAUCCGAUUUGUUUUGAACUGUAUUUUUUAUUAUUUUUUUUUUUUUUUAUUGUAAACUGUCUAUUUACACGGCCAAUGAAUCAUGUUAUCAUAUUGUAAACAAAUAAUGUAUAUUAUGACGAACCCAACAAUAUCCGUACCCAAUUUGAAAUGUAGAACAUAGAGUUUAUUAGUGUAUUAUAUACCUAUAUACUUAAAUUUAUUGGCUUGCUGCCAGUAUCGGCCUGUCCGUGGCCGGGGCCUCCAGUCGUGUUUGUGUCUGGGGCACUCUACAGGCCGCACGAUUUAUAUAAAUAUCGUCAUUUAACUGUACCGAUUGUCUUUUGCACGUGCCAGGCCAUUUAGUGGCGGUGGCCAGACCCGCACCCCAUGCCGCAGUGUUCUAUAAUAAUAAAUAAAAUAAAUAGCCCAGUCUCUUGUUUCCGACAGAUCGCUGACGCCGAUUCAGAGAAAAUCACUUAUAUUGUACAAAUAUCCAAUAAUAUUGUGAAAGUAAACCAUUGAAUGGUAUAUUAUAAUUUUAUUUAUUUUUUUUUGCAAAUAUAAAGAGAAAAAAACCGAUAUAAUAUUGUCCGUAUGGAAAUCGACGGUAAAAAAAAAAAAAAAUAAUAAUAAUAAAAUAUUCGACUGGACGUCUCUAAAGACCACGUAUAGAUAGGUAUUGAGUGUUUAAUAAAAAAAAAAAAAAAAAAAAAAAAAAAAAAACACAAAACCGGUUGAAACGGUAUCUGUACAAAACAAUCGUCUGCGCGCGAAGACGACGAUAACGGCGAGACGUCCCGGCUAGGAAAUUGGCCAAUCGUUCAAGUGUAUCGAACGGGGUAUAAUAUAAUAACAAUAAUGAUAAUAUUAUAACAACCCAUUAAUAUAAUAUUAUUUUCAUUUACACCAUAAUAUUGCAAUGAAAUAAUACGAUACGCUUUAUGCUAUUUUACACGCGAGAAUAGAUACAAGUGUAUUGGAUUUCGCGUUUGCCGCAGUAUCAUAAAAAUAUUACAUCGACGAUCGGAUUAAAAUCACUAUUGUUAAUUCGAUAUAAUAUAGAGGGGGGAGGAGAGGGUGUAAUUUUAUUUGACACAAACGUGAUAGUUGCAUUUCUUGGGAGUCGCGGUCACACGACGAGAUGGUUAAACGUGAUGGCAGUGAUGACAACCGCGUUGUUUAUAUUACGAAUUCGCGAUUACGGAAAACGAACGAUGCCGAAUCCCUUGAUCAUCAAAUUUUUAAUCAAUUCAAAUUGUGCUUGCGCUAUGUUUAUUAGAAUUUAAUGGCUAAAUAGUUUUUUUUUUAACAACAACACUAAGAUAAUAAUGCUAUUAAUAUCGAGUGUGCUAUCACGGUGUUUACACGCCAUAACGCUGGUGACACAGGGUAAUAUACACUGAUACUCGAAUUUGUUUAAUAUAAAUCGGCGUCACUUUAAUCUUAUAUACGAAUACGAAAAAAAUACAAUUUCAUUGUCUACAUUUGAAUUAGUUUGUUUAUUUACAUAUAGUUGGUUUCGAUAUAUUUUUUUUUUACUCAAAUCACAAUGAUUUCGUUUUGCGUGAUUAUGAUUUUGUUUUAGUUUCGGAAGCUUACACUUUCGAAAAUAACCCAUUGUAUAUAAAUCGCCACAUUAACCUUAAUACCUACGUAAUACGCUACGUGUUGAUAUUAUAGCGAAAAGAAAUAAAAUCUAAAAAAAAUCACGUGGGCCACAUCGGAUUAUACCGAUAGACCGUUUGGUUGUAUUUUUUAUUUUUUUCAUCCUAAUGAUAAUCAAAUCCCAAAUUCACCAUUAAGGAAGCACGCAAACGAAAAAAAUACCUUCGUACCUAAACCUACUGCCAGUCCAAAACGACCGGCCUCGGUUAUUGUCACGACUAAUGCUAUUUUUUAUCGCGUCCGGUUUGUACUGUUAUAAUUGUACGCGAAAAUUACCGCAAUAUUUCAUCAAUUUGAUAAUAUUUUGUAAUACGUAUGCGCGCGUGAUUAUAGAUAUUAUUCGCGAUAUUGUAAACGAGGUAUGAAAAAAAAAUCCGAAUAGUUCUACGAAUUGUAAAUUAUUAAAAAAUGUCUUACACGUUUUCGAUUAUUCGAAGCGAAGAAUGCGUACGACGUAUACAUAGAUAUGAUGUGUGCGUGUUUUUUUCCAAAUAGGUAAUUUCCGAUAUUCCUUAUCAUAUAAGCGCCAACCGGCACACUCGGUAGAAAGACACGAGGGAGCAAAAAAACAUUAUAAUUGUCUAUGUACAAUUUUGCAGAAAUCAUUUGUAAAAUUCUGUAUAGUCUCCAUAUUGUGGUUUAAAAGUAGUCAAAAAGGUUGGGAACCUCAGGUUUACACGUAAGUAUAGUAGUGUAGUUGUAGUAUUUAUAUUUGGUUAUCUAAUUUAAUAUUUUUCUGCAAAAACGUAAAAAACGACGAAAGUGCAAAACGAUACUGACGAAUCGUCAUGUUCCCUUCUCCCUAAAUACCGGCAUUGUUCGUUAUCAUAGUUAAAAUGGGAAAAACCGAAGAAAAACCGUCGGGAAAUCGGAGAAAAUUUGUCGAUUUCAGUCGUUUAAUCGAUUUGGUUUUUUAUUUGUAAUCCAAGAGGAUAAAAUCGUAGAGACAUGCAAUUUUCACCAAAAUGUUACCUUACAUUUUUUUUCGGUUCACGUGGAUAAAAAAACUAUUUCCAAACGAUUUUCGGAAAUUGUAUGUUAUUAUAGAAUUUAAAUACAUAUAACACACGACUGUACAGUUGAACGCCCGCGCUUUUGCUUAAGGCUGUCGGAGCAGGCCAAUAUUUAGUACGAACACAUGCCUCGCAGGUAACUAAACUCUCACGCCUCGUAGAAUAGUUAGAUUUCGAUGUUUUUUAUUUAUUUGAAAAAGGAAGAAUUUUAUAGUUUACGUCGAACCCCGAUUUUUAACAUUAACAUUCCUAAAAGCAGUAUUUUCGUCCGUAAAAACGGCUGUACCCUUACCCUGUGCUAUUAAUUGGAUAUACCGAGCAAUACAUGUAAAUAAAAGUCUCGCCUUUGAGACGGCCGUUAAAACGUUAAAAAUAAUCGGCAGAUUUUAGAAAAAUCUGAGACAAUUCGGUUAACCGGCUCCGGGACAGCCGGUUUCGCCGACUUCGAAUACCGCGUGCAUUGUGCAUAGUAUCCUAUAUCCUAUACGCGAUCGUGAACUGUGGCGUAUAUUAACACAGCAGCUGCUGGCAAUUAUUACGGGCGGAAAAAAAAAAAAAAAGGAAUUGUAUUUCCAAAAACCGGCAGGAAAUGUAUAACUGGUACAACUAUCGUGGGAUGACCAAUUCGAGCGCCGCGAGACAACGCGGAGUCACGUAAUAUUUUUUUUUAUUAUUUUUUUUUUUGUUUGUUUCGCGGAGACAUUAUUAAUUCACCAAACAUCGACACCGGAUGCUUCGUUACACGCCGCGUGUCGAUCCGAGAGACUUCUAUUCGCAAUAACGUUGUACAGACAACUUCUUCUCGGACCGUAAGUAAAUAUCAUACACGUCACGGGCACUGCGGUUCUCUAUGAUUCUCGUUGGUACGUCGAAGAAGGAUUUUUUUUUUUUUAUUCACUGUCCGCAAGAAUAGUUCUAAUUUAUCACAAACGGGGAAGAUGCAAAAUGAUUAUUGUUAUUAUUAUUAUAAUUUUUUUUUAACGAAACUAUUCACGCUUUACACUACGCGCGUCUAUAUGUUAUUAUAAUAUUGUUGUUACAACGCGCGCGAUGAAAACUGCAUAUGGAAAUAUUAUUGGGUAUACGUUUAAUAUAUACACACGUACUAAUAACGAGCGAAGUGUCAUUUCGUCGUAUACAGCUGUAACAUUCGUGUAUAUAUAUAUAUACUUUUGCGGGACGGGAAAAGAUUUUGUAGUUCGUUAAUAUUACACACAUACAGGGUGUCCCACGAUGAUCUGACAUUUGAUUUUUGUUCUAUAUUCAAUAUUUUUAAUGUACUUUUUUUUUUUUUUUUUUUUAAUAAUUAGUACGCCUCUGCGCUAUACAGUUAAUAUAUUUAGACCGUACCCAUAAACGAAUGUUUCAACCGCCAACAAUUUUCUGAAAUGUCUAUUUUACAAAACGGCUAUUUUGAAUUUGUUUUUUUGAAAAAAUUAUAGUAAAAAUGAAAAUGCCUUUCAUUUUAUGCCCCGCCGCCUAAGCAAUUCGUUUUAAAUACAUUAACUGUAGCGCAGAGGCCGAUUACCGAAUAUUUAAAAAAAAAUAAAAAAAAAUAUAGAACAUAUAGUUAUUUCAAAUGUCUGCAGAUCAUCGCGGGACAUCCUGUGUAUAUGUAUACAGCCGCAUUAUUAUAUAUUGAGGUUAUAUUCACUAUUCGUAUGUAUAUAGGUACCUAUACUUAAAUCUGUAUCGUAUACGCGUUUAUAGAUAUUGUAUACAUAAUGCAUGCGCGAACGCGCGGUUAUUAUACUCUUGUCUAUUUGAACGCGACAUUUAAAUAAACAAUACAAAAAUAAAAUAUCGUACCCGAGUGUGAUUGAAACGCAGUUUUUUUUUCUAGUGUUUUCCACUAUACUUUGUAUAAUUUUUCUGAAGUUAUAAUUUGUUUUGUUUUGUUUUUUUUUUAAGUAAUAUAAUCGUAUUAAUUAGGUAUUCGAAUCGUCUAAUUGAACACUAUGCAGGCGCGCAACAAUUAGGGUGAUUUCGACUUUUGUCGAAGAUAUAUUUUUCGACGGUAUAUUAUAACAGUAUAUUAGUUUAAAGAAAACGAUUCUCCGUUAUUGUUCGGUUGGGUUGCGAAAAUCAGUUUAACCGAUGCAAUACAAAAAUAAUAUACUUGUAGUAUAUCAGACAAUUCGCUUCUAAAGAAAUUUCGGCGCACCGAUCAGAUAAAUCGGCGAAAUAAAAAUGUUUUGUUUUUUUGUUAUUGCUCCUGUAACGAUUUUAGAAAAAUAGAGUUGUACGAGUUUGUAUGUAAUUAUUACUCCGAGAUUUUCAAUUACCAUCUGGUGUGUUUGAAAUUAUUAUUUAUCAAAGUCUCUAUACACAUUAUUAUUAGUUAUUUAUAUUAGUAAUAAUACCCAUAGAACGAAAUCUAAUACAUAUUAUUAAAAAUUAUUUUCGUCGUACGGAUUUUUCGAUAUAUCUGUCUAAUAACAAAUUAAAUUAAAGGUGUUCAUUGAGCUCUAAAAUAAUGUAUGAAAAAAAAAUAUAGUAAUAAAACACGAUCAAAUUACUUAUUAUUAGUUGCUGUAUAAUAUAUUAUAAUAAAAGUGGGAAAAAAAGAAAAAUACUAAUACAUUAUUCGUAUACAUUCGGAACAGGAUGCAUGAAUAAAAAAAAAUGUGGGAGUUCGUUACGAUUGUCGUAGGACGCCGAAAUAGAUCACUAUAGUAUUAAAUGUGUGUACGUUUGUGUGUGUGUGUGUGUGUGUGUGUGUGAGAAUGUGAUCUCGAUAAAUGAGACCAUUACAGACUUACAGUAUAACAUAAACAACAAACGUAAUAUUACAUUAUACAAAAAUAGUAAAAUGAUAAACGUCGGGUCGUACAAGUGUAUAGAGCGUACCGAUUGCAAAUCUCGAGUAAAUCGAAUUAUUGUCCUGACCCAACUGUAUAAUAUUAUACGGUUUGUCAUAAAAUAUUGUCUACACUUUGCAUACUGUCUAACAUUAUCGAACGUUUGUUUCGCUAUAGGAACCUAUUAUAGAUUCGUACCAAAACGGUUCGAACAUUUUUGCGAAUUCGGUGAGUUUUAUUAUGUACGUAUAAUGAAAUCGUCGGAAUCGAGGGGCGGGGUAUAUUUUAAUAAUACUUUGAUUUUUACGAUAUCUAAGACAUUAAAAAAAAAAAGACGAUUGAGGGGGGAACCCCCAUAAAUCCGCGCCGCGUAUAUACCCUGUAUUUUAAUAUGGAAACAACGAAUUUUAGAAAGUGAAAACUGACGAUAAAUACGAGUAUAUAUAUAUAUAUAUACAAUAAUAAUUUAAAUCUAUUAUGCAAAACGUGUAGGUCUAAUGCGUGUAUAAAUAAUAUAAUAUUAUAAUAGUCUCGUAUACGAUUUUGCCGUUAUUUUUUAAACCGUCGUGUAUAUAUAUAAAAAAAAAAAAAGAUACAAAUAAUAAUAAUACUCGCAGGUAUGUAGAGUGUAGCCGUAGCCGUAGAGCACGAACAUAUGGUCGAUUGUGUUGUUCUUUCGUUAAUCUUUCAGACACAAAAUAUUAUUAUAUUCUGAAAAAAACGUUCGUUAUUAAAACGUUUUCAGGGGGGGGGGUUCAAAUUACACGUUGCACUUGUGGGCUUAAAGCUUUCCAAUACCCGAGCGUAUCCUUAAGCGGAAAUUCUAUAUAAUUAAAACUAGGUCCAGGUUUUUUUGUUUUUUUUUUUUUUGUUUUUUUAUUGUUCGCGUUUUAAUAUAAUAUUAUGUAAAAGAUGGCACGGUAUGUUAUACAGUGUAUACAUCAUGUACAAUACGGGGAAUAAUAUACCGUAUAAUGCAGUACACCACCUAUAUUAUAGUACCUAUAAACCGCGCGGAGCAGCGCCCAAGAUCAUUGGCACAUCGAACGCGUGUUCGUUGAAUAUAUUAAAACCGAGAGAUAUUCCUCGGCCCGUAUAUGCCCCGUUAAAUUUGUAAUUUAAAACGUUUUUUUUUUUUCCUAUGUUUUUUUUUUUUUUUUAUCUCACCGCGUAAGCGUUCGGGUGUACGCGCGCUGUAAUUUACUAUCCGCACGACGAUCGAAACGAGUAAAAUAUUAUUCGUACAGUUAUUAUUAUAACGUUCGAGUUACAGCGGCCGACAAUAAACGACGUUUGUUCCGCGAACGUUAUUAGACAUUUAUAUUGUUAUUACACUCGCGCGUCUUGUCCUCGACACUAUCGCGUUAUAACGCUGAUGAUAAAUCGCAUAAAUUUUCGAUUAAUUUACAUAAAAUUACGACGGUACUAAAUGUUAUAAUGUAUUAUGCAGUUUAUGAAAAAAAUAAAAAAAAAUAUAUAUAUAUAUGUAUAAUAAUAUUAAAUUAAUGGGGGUACCUACUGCAGCUAAAGAAAAACUAAUUACUCGGAGUAAACGAUAAAAUAAUUAAGUUUUUUUAUUUUCUUCGCGAUCGAGUGAAAAAAGAUUUAACAUAAAACCAAGCACCCGUCUCUAUAAUGUACGCGUGUAACGUACGAAAAUUUCGCCAAGACACUGUAUAAUGUAAACGAUUUCCCAGUUGACGGAAUGCGGGUUCGGGUACUCGUUUUCAAAACGAAAUACUACUAUGUUUGUUUUACGAUUACGAUAUUAUGUUACACGGUCAGUGUACGUAUAUAUAUACACAUAUACGUAUUAUUAUAACGCUGUCCGCUAUAGUUUUUUUUUAAGUCAAAUAAUAAUAAUUAUUGUUAUUAUAUAAUAGUAUCUGCAAGGUGAUAUAGGGUGAUUCGCUUAUCACGCGAGUCGACGGUCGUCGUAUGCGCACAAUGGACAAUGGCCGUGCAUUUGGUUUUUUUUUCGACCGUUAUUACGUACGACCUACCGAGGUUCUGUUACUUUGAUACGGUUCUUUCGUGUGUGUAAACAAUUUUUCUGUCGGAAAUCCGUCUCCAGUCCAAAACUUUACAGGGAAUUUGUCAUGUUACUGAUGCGUUUCGAAGGUCGUUUUUCGAUUUCCCUCGUUAUUUUCUUAACAAACGGGAAAAACUGGAAAUUCGCUGUACGCAGAAAUUCUUGUCGAGUUCUGUGAUUGUCUCGGCGGCAACAAGACAAAAAUACGACUAAUAUGUUCCGUUCAGAAUCGUUGUCCGUUAUCAACGGUUCGUUUUUGCGUAUACGCAGACAUAAACCAUUAGAAUAUAUACGUCCUUCUUUCCUGCAACUUCCUUCUCAAAACAGUGGCACAUCCAUCCAAAAUCCAAUUUACUCGUCUCUUCGUACAGGCGACCGCUGGUCCGUGAUAAAAUAAUCACUCUGUAUAUUGGCUGUAUGUGUAUGAUAAGUACCAACAGCCAUUCAGAAAGUAAUCGGACACGGUUUAGUUUGAUUCGUAGGUGCAUUAUAAUAAUUUUACAGACAUACAUUCAUUAUAAUGUUUGACUUACAAUGCCCGAACGGUUCGAAGCAUAGCUAAUGUGUGAGGCAUCAUUCAUAAUAUUAUUAUGUAUUACCUAUUAUAUUUCGUAUUAAUUACACUUUCUUUUUAAUUGACUUGUGUAAUAUAAUUAUUCAUACAAUGGACAGUGCGCGUUUUAAUCAACGGUUCAGAACGUAAUUUCGUAUUUAUUUAUUUUUAAUAACUUCGAUAGUAUAAAUCAACAUAGAGACUUUCAAUUAGAAUUUCAAAUUGUUGACGUACCGAAAAUAAAAAUGAGCACGUGUGGGAAUGUAUUUACAUAUUUCUAUGACAAUAACAGCGUAAUUAUUACAGUCGAUAUACUCGUAUGUUAAUAUUUUUAUUUUUUUUUUAAACUUUCAAACUUAACUUAUAUGGUAAAUUGUGUUUGCCGUUAGCCCAAAUAUAUAUUAACACGACGGUCGAUUUUAGUUUCCGGUGUAUAAAAUCGAUUUUAUUUUGGUUUUUAUAAUCGAUUUUACAAACGUUCAGUUACUUUUGAUGACAGUUUUACUCUCCGAAUUUUGUUUUUUUUUUCGUGCGUUUAUUUAAUUUAGUUUAAUUUACAACAGUUUUGAAUAUUUUCAUUCUCACUCGUCCGCCUUUGUCGGUGUGUACAUAUGCAUAAAUGUAUCAAAUUGUUUUAAUCGCAUUAUUUGCAGUGUCGGCUCACCGGACGAGAUAAGUGAGAUGCUGCUUCAACUACGAUUUUCUCGUUACAAUGCGUAUAAAUAUACGCAGGUUAUUAUAAAUGCGAUCUUUGAAAAUUUCGUUCAAUAUUCAGUGUUGAUCGUGUAAAACUACUAAAUAAUUUUAAGCUUCAUUUCCGAAUUCGCAGAACGAACUUUAGACAAAUAAGACAAUAUUAAUCGCCAGGCACGUAACCAGGGUAGGGAUCCAUGGGACCUGGAGCCAUCCCUCCGAAAUUUAAGUUUUUCAACAAAAAAUCAGAUUAACGGUACAAUUAUUAUUAGUGUAUAGUUGGUGGUCAAUUUUGUGUUUGGAUCCCGCUCUGAAAAAUACAAAAAUCCUGGCUACGUGCCUGUUAACCGCCCAGUUUUCUAUAAUAUUGUUUCUGAUCGUAUACGUAUUAUUUGUUUUCCCGCGUAUAUUGUUAACACCUCUCUUCCGAUAUCUACGGUUUUUUUAAAAUAUUUGUCCCGUCGCCGCAGUUCACAAUAAGCUCGCGAGUCGUCUGCACUGCCGUGCGCGCAUAUACCCAAACACAACAAUACUUUUUUUAUACUCGCGCUAACAUACAUAUUAUUACGGUCACCGGUCAUCGCCGGAAAUCCAUAAUGCGGUCGGUCGGUCGACCGGAGCCGUAAAUCAAAAAAACCCAAGACAAGUAGAACAAAUUAACGACGGGUUUGCGCGAGUUUACGCGUGUCGGUCUGGUCCAUGUUUGGUAAAACUCUCCUCCGCCGCCGGCUGCGACCGCCACGCCACGAGGCGGCGGCGGUGGAGAAGUUUUCUUUAACGGUACUGUUCCGUAGUCGGCACGGCGGCUAUACCGACGACGUCGCACGGUGCUCAGAUGUUCACGUGACGGCGUGCGAAUUGCGCGGUUAGUAUCGAUUCAAAUAAUAACAAUUGCCGCGAUAACGAUACGUCAUAACUACAGCCGUGUCAAGUGAAAUCAGCAUCCGGUGCCAGAAAACCGUAUCGAUGAGCAAAAUGAAAAUGGCUCAAUCGGCCGUCCGUUGGGCGUUCACUCCUCAUGCGUUUAUUAAAAAACGAUUCAGUUACAGAACAUUGAAAAUUUUCAAUGGCGUCCGUGUAGUCAUAGCGCCCAGUGCGCGGGGACCUUUCACACAGUGUCAGUUGAAAAGGGGGCGAUAGGUGGAUAGCUCUCCCCCGGGUCCGUUUUUCAUUUAUAAUAAAUAAUUGAAUGAGUAUAUUAAUAAUGGUAAUGAUUGUAAAUUAAAUUUUGAAAUAUUGGGGAAAGGUUAUGGGCUCUCCAAACAUUAUUGCCCUAUGAUUUUUUUGUUUUUAAUUUUUUCCCUUCCCCCCCCCCCCUAAAAGUCAGUUAUAACCACCAUUGUUCUCGUGCUCCCUAGGCUCGAUCCUGCGUUAUAAUAUUAUCGUAAUUAUAUUCAUACACGAUAUUUUGAGUAAAUUUCAAAAACGAAACUCCUAACGGUUUUCCCGUGUUUUUUGAUCAUUUUUUUUACUUACCGAGUAUAUCGAAUAGAAGCAUAAUCAGUUUCAUAAAAACGUGUUUUUUAUUUUUUUCUCUCGGAGCAAACUUUUACGGUUUGUGUUAAGUGUCUAAGGGUGUUUUUGUAUAGUUUUUAGGAUAUUAGAACCCGAGUCCUAUUAUACACAUAGUACAAACGAAUGAAGCGUUUCUCUUAUGAAAUAUAAUAACUUUAAUUAGGUAAAAUCCGAUUACUAUUCUGCUUGCUCAUAUGAGUAUAAUAUUAUAAUAUACACAGUUAUAACUUAUAGUAAUAAAAUAUUUUAUAAUAUAUUAUGCCGACUACGUAUAUAAUAUCGUUAAACACGCGACAAUAAAGCGAAAAAAAAAUAGUAAGUGCGUCAAAGACGAAAAUACGACGCGACGCCGACGGGAGAGAGACAGAGCGAGAGAGAGAGAGAAGGAGAAAAAAAAAUGAGAAUUUUGUCACGUGUAUACCCACCCACACUAUAAUCGCGUGUUGGUCCGUCGUGCACGCGGAAAGCCGAUCCCUUUUUUCAAGGCGUCGGGUUUUCACGAUAUUUUCGCUAAUGGAAUCGACACGGUAAUGCCGGCGAGGGGUCAGCAUUCGCACGGAAAUAUUAUACACGAAUAAUACGUCUCGUUUGUUUUCGUGUACAUAGGUACCUACCAAGUGUAUCGCUCGUGUUAUUCGGUAUUUGUAAGCGCAACACGUGGCCUAUUACGAGGCCAUCGUCCUCGAACGAAAAACAUCCUCGCCCUGUUCUUGUUGUUUUGCAUUUAUACUAUUAUCGCGACAAUAAUUCUGGUUUGCAUAAAUCGUUUAAAUACCUAUCGCUCUGCGGUCUCUAGGAACGGUAUAGUCGAAUAAAAAAAAGGCUCCUUGGAGUGAGUGUUUUGGGACUAACUGGGGGGGAGGGGUAGAUUUAAGGUUGUAUACUUUCAUACUCUUAUAACAAAGAAGUUUACCUACUUUAAACUGUAGGAUUAUUUAUUUUUCAUUAAAAAUGUAAAUAUUUUAUAAAAUUCAUUUUCAGCCUUUUUGGUACCUAUUACUAAAUUUUAGAUUUAAUAUUUUUUUAGCGAAUACCACCUAAAUGAUAACGUAAUUCAUAUUAUUGUGAUAAUAAUGCGAAUCAUUCUUAAUCUUCCUCGUUGACAUUAAUCACUAUUAAGACUUUAUUAAAGAUCUACUUUAAUCAUAACUUUCAUGAAAUUUCGUGGAGGUUAAACUCCUAUCCCCCUUCUCCCCUUUGAACAUGCGUCUGCGAGCGGUUAGUGUUUAAAUUCUGAGCAGGACGAGAAAACGGUUAGUGUUGCCUGUACCUAAUAAGAUUCGCCUUUUCCAAAAACACGCUUUUUCGGUUAUAGUAAAAACGUUCCUAUAAAAAUUUCACGUCACGCGUAAGCGUAAAGACACGCGGGUAUUCCAUCAGGUUUUGCGAAAAACUGAUUACAAAAAUGACGAUUCGGAGGAACAUGUCUAUAUGUGUACAUAGUGUGCAGAGAUCUGAUUUUUUUUUUGGGGGUGGGGGGUCCCAUAACACUUUGAAGCCUCGUUUUAAAAUGUAAAUUUCUAGUUGGCGUGAUGGUCUACAGUGUCAAAAGUUGUAUACUCAUAUAAUAUUAUUACAAACGUCUUGUUUACACGUGUGCCAAUAUAGCGUUUCGUUAUUUGUAUACGUGAAACACGUGAUGACGGAUCGUCGCCUCAUCGAGGCCAUCGUUCAAGUCCCGCAAAGACGCUCUGUCACACUGUGUAAUAUAUUUUAUAGGUAAACAAUAUUACAAUAUAAUCUAUUUACACAAAUCGUUUAAAUAUUAAUAUUCGCUGAAAAUAGUUUCUAUUAUAAUAUUAUAAUAAACUCGGCAUGGGUGUUACGGAGUAGUCAGCGCGAAGUGAAAUUUUAUUAUAAUAAUAAAUACUUGCGUAAUAUUAUGAUAAGUAAAUAUAACGUAGGCACAGCAAGGUGUUUCUUUCAUGUUUGUUUUUUGUUUUGUUAUUGUAAUGAAAAAUAUGUUAAAGCUAACAUAAAGCUACGACAUAUCACGUAACAAAAUAUAUCGCUAACAUACAAUUGGCAUUGAAGCAUAUAUUUUAGCGAUGAGUAAAAAAAAAAAACAGAACUGAUACUGGGUGCGUCACUGUUGUAGGUGGCUAAUUGGAAAAGUAAGAUAAAUAAAGAAAUUAUUCGAUGUAUAUCUGUAUUGUGUAAAAAAAAUUAUUAUAUAUCGCAAUAUUUACGAUUUUAAUGAAAAUUUGAUUUUUAAACUAUAACUAUAUGGUGAGCCGAUAUGAAUUUUUUCCGUUAUCCGAUAUGGUGAUAUUUGCAGGAACCGGUCUGCAUAACUAAUUUAAAAUUUUGAAAUUAUUGAAUCGGCCGUCUAAGAUCCGUGUAAUAGCUGUUUAGGAUAUAUUAUAUUCGUGAUUGCGAUGCUGCACUGCUGCAAUUAUCGGACGCACAAUUAUUGACUUUAUAUACUUGCAUUCAAUUUCGCGCGUAAUUGUUAUUAUAAUGCCCGCUUGUACGUCCGAAAUGACGGCGUACCUAAAAGAGAUAUUUUGUCGACCCUAAAAAAAAAAAAAACCAAGUGAAACCAAGUUUCGUCUAAACGCGUAUUAGGCGAUGUACCGACCAUGUGCCACGAGGAUCGUGCAACGAGUUGAUUUCACUAAACGGUCGUUGGACCAAACGAUACACGUCUAAUGUAAAAAAUGACGCGUUGUCAUCCGUAAAAAGUUAAUAAUUGUAAUCACCGCGGCACUGCACACACCGUUUCGAGCGAGCGUGAAACACAUUUUUUCAUUUCGAAAAUUACGUAUGUAAAAAGAUAUUCUACCUAAUUCAAACGAUAAUAAUUUAUAACUUCCCACCUCCCCCAUAUCCCCGCAGUAUGUAUAUAUAGGUACUUAUAUACUAUUAGAUUACUUUUUAUGUUUCUGUAUACCGAAAAAAGAUUUUGUAUCCAUUAUUAUAUGUGUAUUAGUGUAUUUACAUAUAAUAUCGCUUUGUCAAAUUUUACGAUUAAAAAAAAAAAAAAAGUCUUUAGAUCUGUUUCCAAAUUUUCUAUGAUUUAUUACUGUACUCGUAUUUUUUAUCAUAAAUAAUAUAUAUAUUAUACGUAAUAAAAUAGUAUCGAUAAAUUAUAACUGAAGUUUGAACGUUGUAUAAUAUUACUGGGAAACUAUAAAAAAAAAAGCACUAAAAAUUAAUUUAUUUUUUAUUUUUUGCUCUCUCUGUAGUUAUACGCUGUAUUUGAUUUUUACAAGAUUUGUAUUUUAUUCAUUGACGGCUUAAACAUAAUGUUAUAAUAACAAUAUAGUUUUUUUAAUUACCAUUUCUCGUUAUAAAAAAACGCUUUUCAAGACAUUUGCAGUGACUUUGUGCUCGUUUAUAAUGUUUUAUUGUUUUUUUUCCACUUCUGUGUCACACGCUAAAUAGAAAAAAAUUAAGCGAAUGUCUAUAACGUGGGAAAUAUACAAUUGCAAUUACAUAACAAAAUUUAAAAUCUCUACGAAUAUUUUUAAUUAAAUGACAUUAAAAAAGCAAACUUUAAAAUAGUUAAAGAAUUAUUGUUUUCGUAAAUGGUCUCGUUUUCUACGUAUUUUUCGGUUUUGCUCAAUUAUUGAAAAAACUACAGAGAAAAUAAAAAAACGACUUACUUACUCACCAACAAGAUUAAAAAUGCAACAAAAACUUUACUAUUAGAGAAAUAAUGGCAAAAACAUAACCAGUAAACAUUUAAAAUAAUGAAAUCGUUGCGUAGUUUGAAAACAAUUUUAGUUUCUGUAUUUUUUGGUUUUUCUUAAUUGUUAUGAAAAAUGUAUUAGAUAAAAAAAAAGUUUUUGCUUUAUAAAUGGGUAUAUUUUAUUAAAAGAAACAAACCGAUUUCUUGUCAUUUUUCAGUUGGAGCAAGAUUUCUGAUAAAAAACAUCGUAUAUACAAAUUAUUUAAAAUAAUGCAAUUUGUACCACCGCGUUGCGCGGUAAAUAUUUACCGUCUUACAUUAUCUUUCGGGUUUUUCCCAAUUAUUUUGAAAACCCCUUAGAAAACCAAAAAAUUAUCUCCACAACGCACCAAAUAGAGAAACUUGUACUUCGGUGUAAAAUUUCUGGCGGAAAAGUUGUUCACAGACAGAAAAAAAAAUAUCACAUUAUUGUAAAAUCAAUAGAUUCCCUCGCUACGCUUCCAAUCAAAAAAAAAAAAAAAAUUUAAAUUUAAACCCGUAACGUGAUAUAAAUUUUCAAAACACUGGUAGAUUUAAUGUAGAAAAAAAAAAAUAAACAUAUGUGUUAAGUCCCGAACCUUGUUUAUAACACGUAAAUCGUAUAAAGUAUACAGUUUUCCUGUUUAAUGUGAAUUAAUAUCUUCUAAAAUCCUCGCUCAUGCUAUCAAUAUUAUAUUAUAAUUCUUUUACUCUCUCUACGGCUCAUAUCAUUUAGCAUUACUUUAGCGUUUUUCGUUGAAUUUGCACUUAUUUUAGUAAUCGACGAUUACACAGCACAAAUUAUCGUUAUCGCAUCCCAGAUUUCGAGCAUUCGACGGCGUUAGUUGCACAUUAAAAUUGAUGUUGCGGAUAUCGAAUCAAAAUAUACUUAUAUGACAAAUCGACGAAAAGAAAAAUAAAGUUGUUUACAGACAGAAAAAAAAAACACGCACAUAUCGUAGUAAAACCAAUAGAUCCGUCGCUAUGUACGAUCUGAAUCUAAAAUAUGAACAUUUUAAACUUCUACAGGCAGAAUGGAAAAACAAUUUUUUUUCCGCUUUGUGUUGUCGAUAGGCGUUUUUUAAAAUCGUUUAAAAUCGUUAAUGAUACGGUUAUAGUAGUACGUUAUUACAGGUAGUUAAUGUUGUGCCAGCUGCAUUUAUUUAACGAGUUAAUAUACGAAUUUAUUGCGUAUUUAUUUACGAUUAUUAAUACUAAAAUUUAGUGCUAACACUGAAUAAUAUAUAAUAUGAAUUAUUCAACUUGGACUCUUGGCGUGUAUAUUUAUUUAUUGUAAUAAUUGUGAUAAAAUUGAAUAUUGUAAAUUCUAUAAUUAUACAUCUUCUGAAAAAAAAAAAAAAUAAUAUGAUUAUUAUUUAUUAUAUUGUAGAAUUAUGGAAAAUCCCGGUUUAACACCUGGGUACCAAAUCAUUUUUUUUUAAUAAUUACCAUACUUCGCUCAACCAUAAAAAUAAAGAGAUAUUUUAAAUAAUUUCCAUACUAUAUAUUGUGUGUGUAGUAUGUUAAGACAAACAGCUGUAUUUUUAAUCCCGUACAACUCGUACAAGUAAUAAACGUAAAAUAAAUAGUUUAUUAUCAAUAAUCUAGAUUAAUAGGUACCUAACAAAAAAACAAAAAAAAAAAAAAAACGAGUUACCCAUAUUAAUGAAUAUUAAAUAACCAUAAUCGUUUAUGUUAAUAAUAAUCGAACACGCGUAUAUUUUUUUUAAUAAUAAUAAUUAAACUUAUCUACGUAAUUUUACACAGUGUUCCAGUAGGUAUUACCUGUAUUUAAUGAUAUUUAAUAUUGACAAUUAAAAAACGGAUAAUUGUUAUAAAUUAUUGAUUGAUUUCUCAUUUUUUAUAAUAUUUUUAUCUAUAAAUUGCUGAUUUUAUGUUUAAUAUUUUAUAAAUAUAAAUUACCGGUGAUUUAUUUUUAAUAAAGGAUACUUCCUUUUCAGUGAAAACCAAAUUAAAUACUAAUAACCGUAUUUUAUUUUCAUUUGUGCCACCUUUAGAAUCAAAAAAAAAAAAAAAAAAAUUUCUUUCUAAAAAUACCAAAAGCUCCGUGUCGGCAACCCUUUAAGGGUUGAAUAUCGGGAUAAAAAGUAGACCACCACGAAGUUUCUUUGGCUUUAAAAGUCAAAUAUGUAAAGUUUAAUCAAUAAUAAAAUAAAAUUGUAAAUUUUUACGACGGAUAAUAGACAAACAGAGAUAUAGACAUAAUUUUAAUUUCGUGUAUAAAAUAAAACAAGUGCUGCGUACAAAUCGUUUUCAAUUUAUCGAUAAUUUAUUUCCUUGCGGAAUGCAUUAAAUAUACUUAAAAGUCAUUCUUUUAUCACGAACCAGCAAUUUUCUCAGAAGAUUUUAAGUGAACUUGAUUUCUGUUUUUUAUUUUAAUCAUUAUGGAGUCGUUUAAGUUUUAUUUUAAUAAUAUUUUUUAUGUUUUACUUCUAAUUCUUGUAUGUGGAAUGAAUAUCCAUUUCCUUUCAAUAUUAUUCCUUAUUUUCAAUCACUGAUUCAUAGACACGGAUAUUUUGAUAUGCAUAACAUUAAUGAUAUCAGAUUUACCGUUCACUCGUUUUAACAAUUAAAAGUUUAGACCUAAGGAAUAGGAAACUGGGAUAAAUUGCAUGUAUAUAUUUUAAAAUGAUAAACUGUUAACAUUUCUGUGGCAUACAUUUUAAACUGUUAUUAUAAUCCUCCGAGAAAAUUACUGGUUCAUGAUGAAAGAAUUACUCUGUAUAACAUAUUUUUGAACUUUUAUUUUUGCAAAAAUGUUUCAAUAAUAUACGUGAAAUGAAAUUGAAAAUAUCGUUUUCUGUUUCAGUGCCGUGAUGUUUUGGAACUCAAAGUACUGGAACUAUGUCCGGAACUCACGUUACUUGGCGAAACGUUUGAAGAGGCUUCGGGUUUGCAGGCUGAACACGAGAGAGUUUUGGGAAAAAUACAGGUUUGUAUAAUAUUUUUUAAAAAUCAAUUAUUUACCGCAGUGAUAUUUCAAUGUAUUGGUAUACAACGUUUAAUAUUUUUAGAACGAUAUUGUCUAUAGCUAGGCAUUAGACGUUAUGAAAAAAAGCAGAUUUGAAAAAGAAAAAAAAAAUCUAUUAUAUUUACAGAGAUUUCGACGUACGUUUAAUUUUAGAACGAUAUUAAAUGUGUGGAUUAGACGCAUGUGCGUGUUGCAAUGUAUAAUAUAUUAGUACAAGUGAACGGUGCCAAUAAUUUUAUUUCGAAACCAUCAGAUGGGCUUUUCACAGUUCUUUGAUCGUUUUUUUUUUUUUUUUUGUUUCUUCGAGCUUUGCGUUUUAUACAUUUCUAAUAAUAUUGUCAAACCCGUAUUUAUAUAACAUGAAUGUCUAAAUAUUUUGCGAUCAUCCCUUGGUGCGAACAAAUAAAAACCGUCAUAGUUCUGUUUUUUGAACGCAACAGCAUUAUAUGCGUAUUACCGUUUCUCUUGGAUAACUGCAAAUUGUAUUUCCCGAAAUUUUAAUUUUGAUCGAAUGCCGUUUUUUUUCGAAUGGUUUACUUCCCAAAUAGUACUUCAAUGUUUCAGAAAUUAAGCCAAAUUACACAGGUUAUUAUUACACAUUAGUAUAAAUACUAUGAGGUCCCAUUCAUUAAAGACUCCACGUAAUCCACGGUCUCAUAAACUCACGCGUCUUUGAAAAUCCAACUUUCCUUCUGAUUGAAUAUUAUUCGGGAACUAUUUCGGUUGAGAAAUAUCGGGAAAAAUGACGCCUUGUAAAAGGGCUGUUCGGAAAAUUUGAUUUUGAGGAAAAUAAACAAAAUAAUGUUUUUUUUGAUUUUCUAUAUAGUUUUCUUAAUGAUUUUUAAAAACCACGAAAAAACGUAAGAAAGACGGGAAAUUUCACGACAUCACUGGUUUUAUUUUUUUCGAUUUUGUUUUUUUGUUUCCUUAACAUCAUCAACAUACAACUUAGUACUGUUAACUCUUAGAACUGAUCGCUAUUAACGUCUAUUUGAAUACAUUAUAAAUAUGAAGAGAACAUUGAGAUUAAGAUGUAAUUAAUAAUUAAUAAUAUCAAAUAUAUAUAUAUAUAUAUAUUAUAUAAUACAUAUCUAUAUAAUUAUAAUAUUGAUGUGUAAAUAAAUCGAUUAAUAUUAUAAUAUAAACUGGGUCAUGGAUUACGUGAGUUGAUAGUUUGAAUGUGUAAAAUAAUAACUAUAAUUAUAUAGUUUCUGCAAAUAUUAUGAAUAUUACGAGUUCGUUCGGAUUUAUUAAGAAAAUUAAAAAAAAUGUUGUCUGCGCGAUUGGGUCCGUGUCAACAAUAAACGUACCCUUAUUAGAUUCGGUUAAAAUCACGUGCUUUUGAUGACGCCACGGCGGUUCACAAUAGUUUUAUUAUUACUGUCACAUCAUCGUUUUAAGUGGCGCACGAAUAUUAAAUUAUAUCGUCAGACUUCAUUAAAAUAAUAAAGUAAUAAUAUAUUAUAUUAAUAUCAUAAUAGUACGAGAAUAUUUAUAUAUAUAAGUGCGUUCAUACCAUUUAUGGCGGUAACCGGCUUUGGUAUUAGCCUUGACUUGAUAAUACGUAUAUUUAUAUAAUAUGCAUCUUAUUAGUAUAUUACAGACUCUGUGUACUUAUUACAUUCCGUUUACAUAUACAAUAAUAAUAUGAACACUGUUAUGAUGCUAAUAUGUAACACGCUGAAAAAUAAACGUGUUUUUAUUUUUCUAAUAUUACUAUCAUCAUUAUAGGAAAAACAGAAUCCCGUCAAUGAGCUACUGAAAAAAGCCGAUCAUCUGAUAGCCACCCAAAACACGCAGCCCGAGGUGUACGCCGCCAUGGCCGAUUCGUUGGGAUUAGCCUGGAAAGAUGUGAACGACAUUCUUCAAAAGAGGAGUUACUUGUUACACUUGAAUGUCGAAUACCACCGGUAAGGCGUCAUUGCUGCGGUGUUUAUACAAAAUAUAAUGGUUAAUAAUGUAGGUCGAAUUUUGUAUCAAACAUUUUGUUUUGUUUUUAAGGCAAGCCGAAGUGUUCAUGGAACGAAUCGACGCGUUGGAAACGCUCUGUCACAGUUACCUGCCGACCGACGUCGAAUCGAUCAAAAGUCAUUUGGAACGCAUUCAAGAAGUUCGAAAGUCUAUACUAGAAGCUCUGAUGGUCGCUUUGGGAAACGGUACGCAACUGUUGGAUGUAUUGAAAGAUUUGCAAACCAAAGGAACCUUAGAUUCGAGACCUGGGUAUAAUCAUCAUUCAGCUUCAUUAGGUGAGAUAUUAUAAUUCCAUGGUAAUAAUUAAUACUUGUGUACUAGUCAAUUUCAGAGUAAUUUAUUGGGUGUUCAUAAAUUCAAUCCUACAACCAAUCAAAUUGUUUUCCUUGGAUUAUUAACUGUGCACAGAAAAUAUAAUAAAUACUAAAUAUUUUUUUGGUUCAAUAACACAUUUGAAUGGUUAUAUUAUUAUGUUAUAGCUGUGUCUCAAGUUGAACAUUGGUUGGAAAAACUCCAUGAUAAACGUCAUUCAUUAGACAUUGACUGCCACGAACGUAAAACAAUGUUGGAAAAACGACUGACAAUCUCUUUAUUAGUUAUCGAUUUAAAUUUAUUGGAAAAUAUAUUGUUCGAAAGACAAAGUUCUUUAGAAAAAAUUAAAAAUUAUCUAGGAGAUUCCAAAUACGAAUGUUCCAAGAUUACAGAAGUCAACGUCAAUCUGAUAACCGAAGCUAAAGAUAUCAGAGACCAAGCGUUGAGGGUAGUAAAAGCUACCGAAAAACUGGUGUUAACGAAGGGUUACAUGGAAGAAGAUUAUAAAUUCAAAGCGUAUAAAUUAUUAGAACUCGCAACGGAAUACUUGGAAGAUCUUAACAGUAGAGAACAUUAUUUAGAUGCUGCUAUAAAAUUCUUCGAUUCUGCCGAAAAAGUAAUCAAAUUUGACACAUUAGUGAAUAUAUUUUUUAAAUAAUUGUUUUUAAUUAAUUUUCGGUAGGUACUCCGAGCGUGGGAAACUAUACUUCAGCAUUCUUCCGACGAAAACUUGGCGUCCAAAAAUACGUACGUAACGGAGACGGUAAAACGAACGGGCGCUUCGGUAAUUCAAGAAGGAAAUUUAAUAUUGAAAGAGGUCCCAAAUGCAGAAGUGAGUUAAUUUAUUCAUUAUAUUUGAAUAACAUCAAAAUAAUAUCAUUCAUUUGGUUUUCAGGGCGUUAAACGGAUGGUAGAAGAGUUGGAAAGGAAAAAACAAUUAAUACUGUCGAUUGUCAUGAAAGACCAAGAUAGAUAUUUAGAAUCUUCCGAAGCGGUCAACACGUUUUUGGAAAACUAUAAUAAUGUAAUAAUAUAUUAUUUUAACAAAUUAACUUCCAAUAAUUAAAUAUAAUGGACAGAGAUGUUUAUUUUAAAAUAUUGUGGUUUUCAAUAGAGAUGCAUUUGUACAAGCAAAUACAUUAUAUGAAUAAUCAUUAUUUGAUUUAAGUCUUUCUGGUUGUUCAUUUAAAAGCAAAUGGUGGAGAUAGUUUUUAGUUUAGGAACUUUUCUUAGUUAUUAAAGGUAUAUUACUUUUAGAAUAAUAAUUACAUGAUUAUAGCGUGACAAAAAUCCAUUGGUUAAAUUUAAAGUAUAUAAACUGAUUUAACAUAAUGUAUCUUUAAAAACAUAAUUGAAUAAUUUUGAUACUUCAUCAUAUUAUAGUUAUUUCAGUUUAUUAAUAAUUAUGUUAUUAUACUAUGUGAUUAUGUCUGAUGUUUUGUGUUUUUUUUUUUUUUUUAGAUAUUUUCCUGGCUUGUAAGUUCAGCUGAAUCAUUUCUACACGAUCAUAACUUAAUGGGCACAAAUCUCGCGGAAGCCCGAGAAUUUUUAACUGUUCACAAAAGUUUACAAAGAGAUCUCAGGGUAUGCCACUAAAAUAACAUAAUUUAAUUUAUACAAUAAUUACAAAUGUGGUAUACACGCUACGUUUGAAGUAAAACUGAAUACAUUAUCACAUAAUUUGAUCUUUGUAUUAGAAAAGUUAUUAUUAUUUUUUUUAUACAAUUUGCUACAAAUUCACACUACUAUUUAUAUAUAAAAAAGAAUGUUUAGAUUGUACCAUAAAUUAAUAUGAGUCUAUACUCCUAUUAGUGUAUUAAGUUCAGGUAUAUUUUUUUUUUUUUUUUCAGAAUCGAGGGAUCGAUAUUAACGCUUUGGUGAACUCGACUAGUUUACCGCCGUUGACUUACGUCGACACCGAUACAAGAGUAGACCUAGAAGGUAAAUCGGUCAUGUUAAAAGAUCAUUGGACAUACUUGGAUAGAAUACUGGACUGGAGAAUACAAUUGGCCGAGUUGUACGUGAAAUUUUAUUCAGCGUGCGAAAAUUUGAACAUCGAAUUUUCAAAUAUGGACACGAUUGUCGGGAAAAACGUUGACGUAUCCGAUAAAAUAUUAGAAUCUGCGCAUAAGUAUUGGACGAACAUUUUGCAAUUGUUUAUUCAAUUAAAGAACACCGGGGAAAAAUAUUUACAUCUGAGUUCCAAAGUGAGUUUGUUGAAUUUAAAUAUUAUGUAUUUUGUUUUAUUUUAAAUAAACGGUCUCCCAUUGUUUAUUAUAAGUAUUAGAUAGACUAGAUUAGAAAAAAAAAUUUGUAAUAUUUUGUAUUAUAACAACUAGUAAAAAUAAAAAAAAUAUUUUCAAUGUUAUUUUUUAAAAAAAAAAAAGUUUAAUACCUUAUAAAAACAUGUAUAGGCUAUCUAUGUACACGUGAGUAAAAGUUGUAGGCUAAUAGCUCAUAGCUAAUAAUUCAUUUAUACAGUAGUAUUUAUAGUUACUAAAACAUUCAGUAAACAUCAAUCAAAUUUUUUUUAAAUAGGUACCUACUUUUAAAUAAUUUGUCGAAUUAAAUAAUCUCUCUUGAAAAAUAUUUAUUUAUUAGCAAUGCAAUAGAUUUUAUAAAUUAAAUAAUUUUUACCAUUACUUUUUUAUAAUAUUUUUUUUUUUUAUACAUAUGCUUGUGAUUUUCAUAUGAGAUAGGUAUCAUAAUUUUAAUAAUAUAAUAUCAUUAUUAUCAUAUUAAAAGUAACUAUCUAUUUACGAAAAUAUCAUAUCGAAUUAACAUCUAUAGUUUAUUACUUAUAAUAAUUAUUUAAAAUUUAAUCAGAGAAGACGCAAAGAACCUUCACUAUUUCAUCCAUACUGAAAAUACAAUUUCUUUUUUAAAUUCAUCACAAGCAGUCGUCUUAUAUUAAAUUUACAUUCUAAUAUUCAGAAUUGUAUAUAUAAAUAUUUUUUUUAAAAUUUAAAAGUUCGUUAAAAAAAAAGACUGCUAUAUUUCACACGAUGGGUGGGCCACCCACCCAUUAUUACGAUUAAUUUUGCUAACGAAAAACAAUUCUGAGCUGAUUUCGGUUUUAUAUGUUUUAAAAGUCCGUAAUAUUUACGAUUUCCGUCAAAAUUUGAUAUUAAAAUUCUAAUAAAAAAAAAACUACAUCAAUCUCGACUUUUUCUUAUUGGCCGCUACGUGCAACUUAUAAUUAACCUCCUAUUAAAUAUUCAAGCAUUUCUAAUUGGUCUAAAAAAUGUAUCCACAAAGUAAUAGUUACGUGAGAAACUCGCAAGAUUUAAAUUGUCUAUAAAUAGUUAAAAAAUGGUUGAGACGUUUUGAACAUUUUACAACGUUCAGCUAAUAAAAAUAUUAGUUGUAGCUAAUACAAAAAUAAGUCUUCUGUCCAAAUUUCAAGUCUCUAGGAAUUUGUCUAUAAUAUUUCAAUAUUUUUCACGGUUUUCCCGAUUGUUAUGAAAACUGCUUGGAAAAUCAAAAAAUUACCUUUCUAAAGUACCAAAGACGUACAAUUUCCUUUCAGAAAAAUUGCCAUUUGAAAAUUGGAGCAAGGUUUCUAGUAGAAUUUUUGUACAAAUAAAAAAAAUAAGUAAAAUUAAACAAAUCGUAGUAUAUACUAGUACUCGUAUAUUCUAAAAUCAAUGGUAUGAGUAAACUUGCAUUUUAUAUUGAAGAUAAUCAAUGUUAUCAAUGAUUAAUCAUGUAUUAUCUCAUAGGGAAUUUUUUAGCGAAUAUCCACUGUAUGUCUCAAGUGCCACAAGCAGAUCUACUAAACUUUCCCCUUCACGUUCGGACUUUUCCCAGUAUUUUUCCCACAUAAAAUAUAAUAUUUUGUUACAAAAUCUACUAAUUCAAUCGUUCAUCGUUUAUUUUCAAGCGAACACGCAUCAAGCAAAAUCUUAUUUUGCUGUAUGUGUUCCUUCAAUGUUAUUAUAAACGAUCGAUACAACAUAUUAUUAUCAUAUUUGAAAAAAAUGAUGUAUUAUAAUCCAAUUUUAUGCGUAAAAUCUAAUCGAUUCGAACUUUUUGAAAUAAUUCGAAUUUAUACUAUAUUGUAGUAAAGUCAUGCGUUUAAAUAAUAUAAGUGACACUCAAUGUAUAUCGUACCUAUGUCAUAUAUUUAUGUUAUAUAUUUAAAUCGAUUAAACGGAUGUACAGUAGGUACUGUAUUUUUGUGUACUUGCCAAAGAUCAAAUCUCGAAGUAGGAAACGUCAUCCCACAUAAUAAACCGAUCUGACGACACGCUUAAAAAUAUUAUUAAUUUUUAGUAUUAAUUUAACGAUUACGCAAUGCUAUUGUUUUUAUUUUAGACUCGUGGCGAUUUAUGCGUUAUUUUUAUUUUUAUAUAUUUUUUUUUCUACCACAAAUCUUAUUCCAAUCGAUAAAUUACGGAACUUUUUUGCUAAAUUUUAAGUAGAUCUUUUUCUUAUUUUUUUUUUGCAAUUUAAAUACAUUUAUUGAGAAAAACCGGACAAAUAUUAAAGGUUUUAACAUUUUGUUACUUUCAACGUUUACGGUUUUUGUUUUCUACUAGAAAUCUUGUUCCGAAUUAUAAAUGCAGAUUCUUUUCUAAAAAAAAAUGUUAUUUAGUUUGUGUCGUUUCCUUAAUGAUUUGAAAAAAUUGACAAAAACUUAAGGAAAGACUGAAAAGUUUCAGUAAAUAAUGGUUUAAUUGUUAUUAUCAAUAUUUUUGUUGUAAUUUAAUUAAAAACAUUUGCGGGUUUUGCAUUUUGCAUUAACAUUUGCAUUUUUAAAUUUUAACAGAUAAAUUAUAUUAAAGUUUUCUAGACGCAGAAAUAUGUAGGUACUUUACAUUUUCUAUAGAAAACUAUAGUUUUUAACGUAGUUUUUCUUUGGUAUGUACUUUGUGGAUCAAUUGUUUGAGCCAACCGAAAUGCAUGAAAAUUUAAUACCAGGUUCAUUAUAAGUGGUAUCUAUAUAGUGGUAAAAAAAAAAAUAGUUUUAUGUAGUAGGUUUUAUUAUACUCGUUUUUAGAUCAAAUUUUGAUGAAAAUCAUAAAUAUUAUUGCAUUUCAAAACAUGUAUAACUGAAAAUCGCUCAGAAUCAUAUUUCGUAAACAAUGGUUUAUCGUUGCCUAACCUAACUUUAUGUAUUCUACUUUUUUAAAUCCUCACUUAUAAUAGUAGUGCAUAUAUCAGCAGUAUCAGCUUUGUUUUCUUUAGUUAAACAAUUGAUAAAACGUGUUAAGUAUAUUCUAUUACAUAAGAAAUAUAAUUUUUUGACAUCUUGUGUAUACGAUUAAUUGAAGUUGUUUAAGAUUACUCAAGAAUAAUUAUAGGACUUAAAAUUGGGCUCAGCGUACGAGUUAAAAGUUAAAAAUAAAGUAAAAAUAUAAAAAUUAUUUCCAUCGCUGCUCAAUUAAAAAAACAAUUUUUUUUUUUUGUCAUUUACGUCUUUUGGCAAUGUCCGAUAUAACUAAUUCGCACAUUUGAGAAUUGUCCAACACAAGUCCGCUAAUCAUGACUUGCAAUUGGUUCAUUACGAUUAUGUUAAUACUACUUAAUAGGCGAAGUUAAUAAUAUAGUACGUUCGAAAUGCAAGCGGAGAGAAUAGACGAUUUAUUCCGACAGCUCUGCGGCGAUUUGUCUGAAAACAAUGGCUCGAUCCCCUGCGAUGAUAACCCGCAGCAAAUUUAAACGGGCGGAACACACUCUUGGGUCAGACUACCAUUAUAAUACUAUAGUUAGUAAUAUUAUGUAGGGCGCAGUGAUUUUUUUUUUUUAUUCCCCCCGUAAUAUUUGUUCGCAUAAUAUUCGAUUCCUGUAAACGGCGGGUCACUCGACAGUGACGUUUUGAUUGCGUAUUUUUCGCCAUUUUUUCACGUUAGCGUUGUUUUUUUGUUUCGAACCGCACUGACGCGUUAUUGCGGCGAAAAGGCGUUUUUUUCCGUUGCCCCCUCGAUCGAUCGUUCUCAUAACCGCAGCCGUUUCAAUAAUAUUAUCAUCGAUAAAUCUCAACGAAACGCCCGGUCAUAUGCAGCGCGACACCCCGCGGUAGUGCGUGCGUACAGUAUAUAGUGCGGGGACCCGUCUACGGCGUGGCGACGGCCGCGGCGGAGUGUAAUACACACACGUACGCAGCAGAAACGGUCGCGGAUGGAGAGAGUUAGAGAGGCUAGUUGUUUUCAUUAUUAUUAUUAUUCUCCUUAUUUUUUCCGCUCUUCGCCGGGCCGCAUAUAUUCUCGACUUUUGGGUUUUAAUUAGCGUCGCGCGUCCGUUGGUGGGGUCCGACCGGCGCUGGCAUGGUUCCUAAUCGAGGGAUGCGUCGCCCGCGUUAAUAUUGUAACGACCGCCGUCUGUUACAGUCGGAGGACGCUCAUCUGGAACUAGACGCGGCACGGGAACGCGUGCAAUCGCUGCUGGAUUCGUUCGCGGACAGGAAAACGAGAACCGCUUCCGUCUGGGAGACUUGGCAGCGGGCGUCGUCCGAAAACAAGCUGGACCGAGUGCUCUGGUCAGAGACCAUGUGCGAGAGCAGCAAGGUGAGUGUCGUAUUAUGCCUAAUGUAUACGCCGAACAACGCGGUGUUAUUAUUGCCGCGUGUUAGAAAUCGAAUAUAUUCUAAUUUUAAGCGCGACGCGCACAAUUGCGUCGCCGCGGAACCCGAAACUGCCGCGUAUAUUUCACAUAUGACGUACAGUAGCGUCCCGUCAUAAUAAUACAUCGGAUACAUCGUUAAUCGCGGCUUUUCAAUCACGAAAAACACGCAGUAUGCGCGUGGUUCUCAUCGGUUUUCACGUUUUGAUAUUGUUCCGAACGCGAUUGAUGGAUUGCGCAGAUUUUUCGGAUACCUCGCUCGUUUGGUCGAAAUGUUCAAAUUCUCUACGGAAUAUUAAUCCUUCGAGAUUUCGACAAUCCCAUAUUAUAAAUGUCCCGCAAUGUCAGACAAAUAAUUACUAAAACGGCUCCACUGCAGUACAAUUUGCGAAUCGUGAAUUGCUGUGUUUUACGAAUGGACAGCCGCUUUGGUCCCGCGAGGGCUUUUGUCGAGUCGAUUUUGCGACAUAGUUUUCGAUACGAGCUAAUUCAAUUUUUAAAACGCGCGCACUGGUACAUUUACAUUGUAGAUUAAUUCGUCAUUACGUACGCUAACAUACAUACAUAUAUAUAUAGAUACGAAAUUAUAUAGAAAAAAUGUUCAAAAGUAUACUUCAAUUUUUAAACCUUUUUUUAACCCCCUCCCCAUGACCAAAGUUAUAUUAAAACGUCGUACCGUAUAUAUUCGGAAGUGUGGGAUAAUCACGAUGCAUCAUCAAUGUUUGGCGAGAAACUUUUUCGAAUAACGUACAUAUAUGAACACGAACAAAAACAAAACCUUACUCCACGACACCUGUGAACACACUAGGAUUCAGAUUAUAUUAUAAAAACAGUAAAACAAAAAAAAGGAAGUACUAUAGGUAUUACAAAAUAAUAAUGUUAUUCGUAUAUUUUAUAUUUUACGUUACGAAUCUAAAAUAUUAUUCGUAAACACCAUUUUUCCAAAAGUCGUGUUAAUAUUUUUUAAAUAUAUUUUUUUCAGAAUAAAUAUUUUCUCAUAAACAUUUUCUCAUUUCUAUAAACAUUCUCAUCAUUCCCUUGAGGUUUUUUUUUCAAUGAAAAUGAUGCGUACGAUUUCUUUUGUAUUUUUUUUAUUUUAAUACAUAUUGAGUUUCUAAACUUUAUUCGUAAAAAUAUAUUGGGCGUGGUACAUUUAAAGCAUCAUAUAGCCACUUAUAUGUUAAUAAUUUGGUAACUAUAGAGUAAUUUUUUUCCAUCAUAAUAUUCAAGACUGUUGGAAUACUCUCAAUUACAUCAAAUAUGAACAUUUUAAGGACAUGUCUGUGUAAUAGAAUUCAAAUUUGGAUUUUGUUUAGUCGUUGUAUAAUAUUUAAAUAUCAAUACUACUUUCAAAAUGUUCGCAAUAAUAUCAGUAAAUAUUUUGGAAGGCGAAUAUUGAACUAAAUAAAUAAAAAAAACCAUUCUUAUAUUCGAUCUAUUUAGUAUAUUCAUACAUGAAUAAUAAUAAUUUUAUAUAUGUUUUUUUAAAUAUAUUUAUAUAUUUUAUUAUGUUUUUAAUACAAUCGAAUUAAAUUUUGAAAAUAUUUCCACUUAUCCACAAAAUUAAUACACUACGUAAAGUAACUUUGAAAAAUGUAUAUUUAUAUAUAUACUUAUGCAAUUCAGACUUAAAAAUAAAGGGUAUAAAAUUACACUAGCGUAAAUUAAAAAAAAAAAACCAUAUGCUAAGCAAUAAAUGAAUAAAAUAAAUUUAAAAGUUAUAGGUGCUAUUAUUACCUAUCAAUUUCUAAACUAGUUUCUUGUGCGUAAAUAUGGUCUCGUUAAAUCAAUAUAUUGUUGGUGGUCUACAUUUCUAACACUUCUUGUGAAAAUGGGUGAUAACGUUAACAUAUACGUAAUAUAUUAUAUAGGUAUUGUUAAAAAUUAAGUAAACAACUUUAACGUCGUGCUGUCUUUCUGUUACAAUGUUGUGUUUAUUUAUGUUAUCAUUUGCACUAAUCUAUGUAUUAACUAAAAAUAAUUAUUAUAGCCCUGCUGUUUUUUUAGUGUAUAGUAUAUAAUGGAUAGUAAAUGUAUGAUAAACACAAAUGUAUUUUAUUGAACGUCUGAGAAAGUUAUACGGUUAGCGUUUUUGAUUUAUUUGAUGAUCAAGUCAAAAUACUUAAAGCAUACGAAAUAUAUUUGCAAUUAAGAAAAUUUAAUAUAUUUCUCUGUCGAAUGUAUUCAGAAACAUGAGCGUCUUAUGACGAUAAAACAUUUCCUCUGUGUUAUAACUCGUAUAAUAACUUGACAACGGAAAUCGUACAAUAUGUCUCCAGUUUUUGUUUCGCGAAUAUGUAUAACAUUAUUAUUAACCAUUUAAUUUUCAUAGUUCACUCGGGAAACGGAAAAUGAUAAUAAUAAGUUACAAUUUAUUAAUUAAUCGUAUAACCUUCAUCAAAGUUUUUAAAUAUAAAAGAGUUUUAUGGCGCGGUGGAUCGAUGCCAAAAUUGAUGGAGCUAAACACAACUUCGUCUAUUCACGUCAUACGCCGACGUGACACGCAAUCUUGUCAAAUUAAAUUAAUUAUCUAUUUUGCUCUUUAGAUUAUUAUGACUAUUAUUAUGAUUAUUACUAUCCAAAAUUAUCGUAUAUUUUUGUAAAUAUAGACUGUUGAUUGGGUUUCCAAAUUGGAAGCUCAGUUGUAUCCAGUAUUAAAAUCUGAACCGUCAUCAGUUGAUCGACACGUUUCAGAAGUUCGACAAAAGUUAAAUAAUGUAUUACCGGAAGUUCAAAGAGCUCAAAAUGAAAUCGAAUCUAGACUUAAAACAGCCGAAGAACUUAUUGGAAAAGGUUAGUCGUAAACAAACUUUUAAUUCUAAACAGAAAAUUUCUAAAAGAAAAGUAAUUGCAUUAUUUUUAUUUUUAAGGAAAUAUCCAAGGUGAUAAUAUUUCUAUACCCCCAAGACUAAAAGAACUUCACAUCCGUUUAGUUGGAAUCACUACAGAGUAUCAGAAUCUUUUGGAUAUGUUUUUGUCAUUCUUCAAUUCAUUACAAGAAGUAUACAAUUUACAGUGAUCUAAAUAUUAUUAUUAUAACAUUAGGUACAUUAAUUUUUGUUUGUUUUUUAGUUUCACAAUAUUGUAAAAGAAGCAGAGCAGAACAGGCCUGUCGAUAUAUCUAACCUUCAAUUGAACGAAAUUGAAGGACUUCUUAGGAAUCACAAUAAAUCACGACAAACCGUUUUGGAAAAUUUUAAAACUGUUUACGCUGAAAAUAUUCGUUUAAUGGAUAAAAUCAAACAACAGGUAUAUUUUCGAAAAACAAUAAUCAUCAGAUACUGCAAAUAAUUUUAAUUUAAUUAAUAAUCAUUGUUCGGCUGUUAUAGGAACCUCAAAAAUCUGGAGAACAAGAUAUGUACGUUGUCCGUUAUUUGAUGGAAAACGAAAGAAAUCGUUGGGAUCAAUCAUGUGAAUUGUAUUGUCAAAAAAUCGAGCAACAACAACAACUAAGUCAGUUCGACAACGAUCUUAUUCAGAUCAACAACAAUUUGAACGAUCUUUCGCAGCAAUUAGCGUCCACGCGAGGACAAUAUGGUGCAAAUUUAACAUCUGCCAAGUCCGCUUCACUCGCCUUUCAUUAUUUCGAAAAAACUAUACUAGUUAGUGAUAUUUUAUUAUAAAAUAAAAACACGGUUGAAGUGUUUUUUUACUAUGUGACUAAUAAUAAAUUUAUAUUUAUAGCUUCUAGAACAACGUAUUGACACUUUUAUUAACGCUGCUAAUUCAUUGAUGAACUUUGAUCAUACCAAGUCUGAGCACAUCAAACAAGAACUGAAUAAACUGAAAUCAAGAUGGGAUACUUUCCAAGAGCAAGUCUUAGAAAGCCGUGAACAUAUUGAUCUUUGUGUUCAAUAUUUUACUCUAAUUAACGAAGUAAUCAAUUAAAUAUAAUGAAUCAUAUCCAAUCAUUAAUACGUAUAUAUAUUGUUAAUCAUAUAUUAAUAGGCUCAAGAGUGGUUUCACGAAGGCAGUAAACUUCUUAUGAACAUUGCUCGAAAAUCAACUGAAGUCAAAACAAGUGAAGAAGCCACUGCGUUAUUGAAUGAAAUUGAGAUAUUUUUGAAACCGGGAGAUAUUAAACAAGAAGAAAGACUAAAAAAUAUACAUGAUCUUAGUGUCCAGCUUUAUGGAAAGAUUGAUAAGGUGCCACAAGUAGUUACAGAAAAUAAAGAACUUCUGGAUUCGUUUACUUCGAUUGCCAAAGAAUUGAAGUCCUUUGACGAUAAACUUAAAUCUAUGGAAAAAAAUGAAAGUCAUUAUGAAGUCAACCAAAUAAUUACCAAAACGCACGAAGAAAUAAUGACGUCAACCAUAGUGACUAAUGUACUUAUAAAUAUAAUAUAUAUAUAUAUAUAUAAACUUUUUGAAAUAAAUAAUUAUAUAUUUUACAUAUUAAUAAAAUUAUUUUUACCAUAGGAUGUGUUAGCAAACGAGCAUAAUGUUUCAUCGUCCAAAAAAAUAAAACUCGAUGAAAUCAUCAAACCUAAACCCAUUAUUAUUGUUCCGCUAAAGGAUAACACGGUAGACGAAGGAAAAAAAUUUACAUUUGAAUGCAGGUAAAAUAAUACGUAGAUAUUUUGGUAUAAAUUCAAAAUAAUCAACCUAGUAGUUAUAUAAUUUAUUAAAACGCUAUGCAUAUUAUAUUAAAUAUCUAUUUAUCGAAUUUAGCGUGGAAGGCGAGCCCGCAAAAGUUUCAUGGUAUAAGGACAAUAUUUCCAUUGACAAUAAUCCGGACUAUCAGACGUCUAAUAUUAAUAAUCAAUAUAGACUAACAAUUGAGGAAACGUUUGUGGAGGAUUCGGCAAAAUUUACUUGUCGAGUCGAAAACGAUUCUGGCUCCAGUGAAACGAGCGCAUAUCUAUCAGUGAAAGGUAUAAUUGUGUAUGAAUAUUCAAUAUAAUAUUUUUUUUUUAAACUAAAUAUUUUCAAAAUAGAAUGCGAACCCGAACACCAAAUCAGUCCGUCGGUAUUUACGCAAAUAUUAUCAGAUUUGGCGGUAAAAGAAGGCGGACCUUGUUCGUUGUUUUGCAAGGCGGAAGGCAAUCCUUUACCGACAGUGCAGUGGUAUAAAGACGAAGUUUGUAUUGAUAACAAUCCGGAAUACCAAAUCACGUACAAUAACGGCGAGGCCCUGUUAAAAAUCGAACACACAAAUACAUCGCAUAGCGGAAAGUACAUUUGUGUUGCGACCAACAGACUCGGUUCAGAUUCUACCACAUCGAAAUUAUUCGUUGACGGUGAGUAUAUAUACAUACAUAUAAAUAAAAAACAAAAAUUACAUGGCAUUCAAACUAAUUUCAAAUCGAAUAUCUAGCUCUGGAAGUACCUAAAGCGGGUCCGACGUUUGUCGUACCUUUGUCCAACGUGAUGGCCAGGGCCGGCCAAAAGUUGAAAUUAGAAUGCGAAGUCGAAACGAACGAAGCGCCGACAUUGAUUUGGUUCCAUAACGGGAAAAUCAUGAAAGAAAUAAAAGAUUUCAAGGUGGAUUCAUUAUUUUGUAUACAAUAAUUACAAAUCGAAGGAAACCGUUGUGUUAUCAAAGUUGUCGUGUUUGCAUUUUGUUUAGGUUUCCGAAAAUCGAGGGAAAAUUAAUCUGAUCAUCCCGGAAGCGUAUCUAAAAGACGCGGGUACAUAUAGUUUAACUAUCAAAACGGAUUACGGCGAAGCGACGAGCAGCUGUCAAGUGUCGGUGAAAGGUAUACUGCCGAACGAGACCUCCGAUUCUGAAAUCGCAAGCGAUCUGGAACCGAUAAAACCGUCGAUCCCCGUGCCUUUAAAAGAACAAAUCGCUCUUGAGGGCGCCAGUGUUCAUUUGAAAUGUGUGAUCGUCGGACAACCCGAACCCGAAGUAAUGGACAAAUAAAUUAAAAUAGAUUAUUCGAAAUGUGCGUAAAAUGAAAAUAAUCGUCGUCCGUUAGGUUAUCUGGUAUCACGACGGGAGACCCGUCAAAGAAUCGAAAGACAUCCAACUGUUGUUCCAAGGGGACCAGUGUUCGCUAGUGAUCAAAGAGGCGUUCGUCGAAGAUUCGGGAGAAUACAGAGUGGUCGCCAUCAACUCGGCCGGGGAAGCUAGUAGCACGUGCACGUUGAGUAUCGAGCCUAAACCAGGUGCGUACGGGUUUGAUUAAAACGUGAAAAUGUAAUAUUAUAAUAGCUCGUUUGUUAUUUAAAAAACUCCGAUGGUAAUUUAUUGUUUUCAGUGCCCGACAUAGACGAACUAGUGAUCCCGCCAAAGUUCACCAAACUAUUGUCCGACGUAUUGGUGAGAGAAGGCGAUUCCAUCACAUUGGAGUGUAACGCCGAGGGUCGUCCCAAACCGGAUUUCAAAUGGAUUCGAAACACCGUGGAAAUCAAACCCGACCAUAGAAUAACAGUAAUGGCGCGCUUAAAAUCACAUACUAUACAUGAAACGUAAUGAUAACUGUUGGUGAUAAUUUGACGACACGUCCUGUAAUAUAUUUCAGUUGAGUACGGACGAAGACGGCACCGCGAUCCUUCAAAUACACAGCGCUCUGCCUACGGACAAAGGACAAUACACCGCGGUAGCCGUGAACAAAGCGGGCGAAGCCAAGUGUUUUUCCCACGUCAUCGUAAAAGCCAUUUCGACUUUCGAAACGGCCGUCAAAAACCCCGUGACCGACAAAGUUCACUUUGAAGAAAAGUUGGAAACGCCGACUUUCGUCGAGACGUUUUCUUCAGACGCGGACGUGUAUACAGGCGAAACUGUCAAAUUCGAGUGUAUCGUUGUCGGCAAACCCACACCGAAGGUAAAACCGGAUACAGUUACAUGUUGUAUUAUUAUUAUUGUCUGCGGUCGAACUAGGCGCGGCUUAGGGAACAAGGGUGGUAGUCGGGGAUUUUUUUUUUCAAUUCACACGACGGUUUGACGCAUGGGCGGAUAGGCCAGUUUUGGCCUGCCGGGAUAUCUUUAAACGGGCCCCUACACGCAUUUUUGCGUGUCGGAGGUCAAUUAUUGAAUGUACACUCGUUAGGAGAAGAAGAAAAGUUAACGCAGUCAGUCCUAGCGUCCGCGGAGAAAUUUCGCACUGCCGAAAAAACGGACUACUGUUAUUAUAUUAUUAUUACGUGAUGUGGUUAAAAAAUUGAUCGUCCGUCGCACGCGCUAUUGUUAACAGGUCCGUUGGUUGUUCGACGGGAAACCGGUGAGCGGCAAAUCGUUUUUGGUGUCCACCAGCGGUGACCGUCAGGUGCUCACCAUACCCGAAGCCGGUGCCGAACACGGCGGAACAGUCGAAUGCGUUGCCGAAAACGAAGCGGGCAAGUGCAGCUGCGCGUCCGCGCUCAAAAUAAAAGGUCGGCUUACAUGUAUACGAGUAUAUUACUAACGUACCUAAUAAUAAUAUUAUCGUCUUCUGUGUCGUGAAAUAAGACGCGCCGACCGAUUCCCGUUGUAAUCGGUGCUGAAAUCCCCGCGCACACGCGACUAUAAUUACGGCGUAUCCGCCGGAAAAAGGAUCUCGAGGGGACAAACAAAUAGGGGGGGUUGUUUGUUUUUUUUUCUCCCGGGUAUUUUCGGUGCGAACGUCCAUAAUUGUUUAUUCGCCGGUUACGCGGAGAGUAAUUAAAAAAAAUUAAAAAAAAAUCCGGUCCGGGCAUAGCGUUACGCGUAUUUACACACACACACACACACACACACACGCCUGUACGAUAAUAAUCGCAGUAUUAUUAGGUGGCGGAUUACCGCGUGUGCACAGGUCGAAAAUAUUUAAUUGCACGAGUCGUUUCGAAGGCAUUACUCGGGCGAGCCGCACCAAACGAUAGUUGCCCCCGCCGCCGCCGCCGCCGCCGCCGCUUCGGAUAAUAAUACGGGCGACGGGUAUCCGAAACUAUUCUCGUCGCACGCGUUAGUCGAAAGACGUCGUGAGUAACGGCGCGCUAAAAAUACACCUAGGCGUUUAUUUCGUUUCCGACGUACCGCAUUCUCGUCGUACAGUAGGUACACAUCAUCGUACGCGCACGCCAUCACUGACAUUUUAUACUUGUGCAGCGCUCUGCUCGUUUUUAUAGGGGAAAAAAAAAGUGAACUAAUAUUUUCACUUCGAUUAUUUCCCCGUCCCUCCCCUCGAUUAUUCUCGGCGAUUUAUCGAUUUACACGCGAAUAUUAUUGUCCGUUCAAAGAAUCCGGAGCAGUGCCGUUAACCGCCAUGGCCAACAACAUCAACAAAAACAACAACAGCGGCAGCUUCGGCAACAACGCCGCAGAUACGAAACACACGAUAUCCGAAGUUUACGAAUCGAGUUCCAAGUUCGAGUCGAAACAAUCGACGUUCAUGUCGUCGCAGACUGUCGGUGACAACGCUCCCAAGUUCAAAUUGGACUCGUUCAGUUUGCAAUCGGAAAAAGAAAGCCGACAGUUCGGAGAUAACGCUCCUAUUCAGGUAUGCUCUAAACUUAUUAUUUUUUUUUUUCAAAUAUUCAUUUAUUGUCAGUGAAAAUCGGAACAUUAUGUUUAGUCCGAAUCGUUGCGGACGGAAGAAUACCACAACGUGGACGGACGAAAAAGUCAACACGUUACCGAUUUGAGUUCUACAAACGUGUCUGAAGAACAUCAAACAUCCUUUUUCGAGCGGGGCCUGUACAACCAAGGGCUCAUCAAAGACAAUUCUCAAAAAUCAAUAGUCGACAAAAAUAUCACCAAACACAUCCGGAAGCAGACGGCACCGCGUUUCGUGUCGGCUCCGCAAGGGAAAAUCGCAGAACAAGGCGAGGACGUAUUUCUGGACGCGAUCAUUGACAGUUAUCCGCCGUCCGAUAUUACGUGGAGUAAAAACGGCGUAGAAUUGAUUCCCGACGGCGAUAAGUUGAAAAUUACCGGCGAGGUAAAUAAAACGCGGCUGGACAUUAAAAGUUUGGCCGUAGAGGACGGAGGUCAUUAUACGUGUAAGGCUACGAAUACAGCCGGGGGCACGAGCUGUACGACCGACAUUAUUGUUAAAAGUACGCGAAUUGAUUCGAUAGUUUUACAAAAUGUAAAACGACAACGAAAACUAUUAUCAUCGUAUAUAUAAAUUUUUUUUUUCUUUCUAGAAAACGUUUUUCCGCCUGUUAUGUGCCGAAGACUUUUGCCGAACACGGUUGCCGAUGGCGAGCGGGUCGUUUUAGAAAUCGAAGUGGCCGGAACCCCGGAACCCGCGGUGAGUUGGUUUAAAAACAAUCAGCCGUUAGUGUUCCCGUCCAGUUUGUAUAGGUUACGGCAACAAGGGAGCUGUAGCGCGGUGAUAAUCGAAAAAGGUGAAAACACGUUUCCGUCAUAACAGUUUUAUUUCGAUUCGAAUCCAAACACUUGAUGUACUGAAAUCGUUGUGCGUAUUACAGCUACUUCGGAACACGCCGGGGAGUACAAAGUCGUGGCGAAAAACGAAGGCGGAGAAGCGGUGAGUUGUGCCGAUUUACGAGUAGUCCAGCCCCUACCCGACAUCGGAGUGAAUAUGCUGCCGACGUUCGUUCCGAGUGACAAUUCAGAUAGAGUGAACGUGGUGAGUUGUGUUAUUGUCGUUAUUUCACCCCCAUCGUGCCAGUAAUCGAAUUCAUUUUAAAACGCAUAAAAUAAAAUAAUUAGGUAAAACUUCGAGGACCACGGAAUAUAGUUCCGUAAUAUCAUGACAUAUACCAUUACGCAUCAAAUAUAGAUACCUACCUAGCAACAACUGAUAGCACCAAGUGUCUGAAUAUUAUAAACAGACGAAUGACAAAUUAAUUAAAUGAUUAAAACCUUACCAACUGCAGGAGGAGACAUGAAAUUAAAUAUAAUUUGUAAAAUAUUUAAACGCGAGUUAUUUUAAUUUACAUUCACUUGCUAAAAGUAACUGGGCAUUACUUUCGAAAUUCUAUUCAGUCAUCACGUUAUGGCGUAAAUAAAGUUCGCGCACGUGUGUCUUGAGAUUUUGGUAACUCUAUACUGUGUAUAAAUACGGAAGGAGCAAAGUCGUCUAGCCCAGAAUAAUUUUUAUCGUCGUAAAAUAAUUUAUUGCAAUAUUGAACUAUUAUACCCUGGGAACUCCUCUUGUACAUAUUUUAUUUGAUAGUGAAUUUGAAUAUUAUAGGACAUAUCAGUUUUGAUUGCAUCAAAAACGUCGUUAAAAUUGCCUACACUCAAUCCCUUUAAUACUUCUUAAACACUAUUCAUACUGUUUAAUGACAAAACAAAUGUGUGAAAACUAUAAAAACAAAUUUCACAAUUAUUUAUAUUUGCCCUUUUGUCUUUUAAAUAAAUACACCACGUUGUCGGGAUUUAUCAACUAUUUUGGAUCCGAAAUUUUUGUCGAUAGACCACACAUUAUUUUAAAUACUGACAAUAUUUACUAAACAUAAUAAAAUCCAUAAAUAUAGAUUAAAUAUUUGCGAUAAUUUUUUUUUUUUUUUAAGUUUAUAAAUGUUUAUAAAUAUAUAGGAUUACUACAAAAGUAUUGUACCGACAAGUCAACCAAAACAAUUGAACAUAACCAGCAAAAUAGAAGAGAAAUCUCAUUUCUCCAAAUCAGUCUUUGUUAAAGAAUCAAUUAAUAGCAGUAAAGAUGUAACUAUGACUGUUAAUCGCGCCGAAGCAAAUGAAUUUGAUUUAAAUUCUAACAGUUCCAAUACUAAUUUUGAAACAAACGAAAAACAAAUAUCCGUUCAAAACGAAAAUAUAGAAGACGGAUCGAUAACGAAAAAAAGUGCACUUCAGUUUUUCAAAAACGUCAUAGAAGAUAAUAAUAAAACUGAAAAAUCUGUCGAAAAAUCGAUUAAUUCUAAUAUAGCGUCAUCAGCCAGAACAUACCAAACCGAAAGUCCUAUAGAAAAAAUUAACAAUUUGAGUAGUUUUUCAUCCGUAGAAACUUAUAAUAUCGAAGAAAACGUAUCAAACAGCUCAUUUAAACAAUUAAAUGAUUCGAAACUCGUUUUGGAACCCGGUCCACCACCUACAUUUGAUUACAUGCCAAGAGCACAAUCUGUAAAAAAAGAUCAAAUGACCGAACGGUUGAAAAGACUAUCAACCAAUCAAAAACUACUGUCGCCGGAGCAAAUUCCUUCUGGUGCCGUUAGAAUAUUUCCCGAUGUCACGUCCGAGACGAAACAAGAGGUCAUAGAAGAAACUUCCGUGAAAAAAGAAGUGAUUAAAACUGGUUUUUCCAAUAAUACAUUAAAACAAACACAAUAUGUAGACACAUCGAAUGUAUCAGUGUCGCAUAAUGAACCCCAUACUCCACUAUUAAGACCUCAAGCUGAUAUAGAAGUACGACCAGGAUCACCAAGACCGUCUGCCGAAGCUAUAUCUAUGGAAAAACUCUGGACCAAAGCACAUCAUUCUCAACAUGUUCAAAAAAUUCCGGUGUCGUCUUCACCGGUGCAGACCAAAACGUAUUCAUCGACGGAAAGCCAAUCGUUUGUUUCUGAAACUAUUGAAAAAAAUGGCGAACUAGUAAAAAACGAGAGCCGAAAAGAGAAACAAGGUAGUUUAAAUAUUGACGACGGUGUUAAAAAAGUUUCAGAAUCGUUUUCUGAAAUUUCUGUUGGACCGACACAACACGUCGAGCCACCACAUUAUUCUGAAAUAUCUGUCUGUCCGACAAAACACGUCGAACCACCGAAGGGUGAAAUCAAGCGCCCAGUUUCGGCAAAUGUUUUUAAUGAAAUAACAUCUAAAGAUUUAUUUUCAGGGAAUAAUAUUCAAACGCGACAAUUUUCUGAAGAAUUAUCGCAAAUUAAAAAGGGUUCGUCAUUCGAUGUCCCAUCUAAUGUAUCCGAAAGUGUAGAAAAAAAUAGUUUUGUAAUAAAGUCCGAAUGUAAAUCGGAGAGUAAUCAAUCUUUCGACAAAAAUAUAACGAAGACGUCUCAAAUUUUACCGGAACGCCCAAUAGGUCUGGUCAGACACGUUGAGCCACCCAAAAAUAACAAAACCGUUUCUAAUUUUACUCGCGCUCACAGUGAAGAAACAGUCAAAGAAAAACAAUGGAAAUCUCAAUCGCCUGUGGUUUUUAAAGGACCUGCAACUCAAAAUAAAACGUAUUCUUCGUUUGAAGCUCAUUCGAGUUUUUCGAAAAGUCUAGAAAAGGACGGAGUGUUAGUAGAAUCCGAACACAAAGAAGAAGGCGGUCGGAUGAUUGACGACGGCACUCAGAGAGUAUACGAUUCGUUUGCUGAACGUUCGAAAUUACCGACACAAAUCAUGGAUCUGUCAAAAAACGCCAAUAAAUCGAACUCUAUAAAGACCAUGCAAAAAAUGUUCGAGCAAAAUGGAUCGUCGUUAGUUACUGUGUCUAAUAUCCCAUCGCACGUCAGACCCUACAGUAGAAUGAAAUCCAGAACAAGCGAUAGUGAUUUCGAAAGCGAAGCGGAACUAUCUAAAUACAACACUGAACAAAAAGUCUCUGAAAGUUUCAGUAGUUGCGAAACGAAAAUGUACUCAUCUAAAACGCAAUUGCAAGAAUUUCAAAGCUCUUCGACGGUAAUACAAAGUCCGGUCAAGGAAAGCGGUUAUGCAGCCGACACGGACGAACCGAGAAGCUUCCAGAGCGACGCGAUGACCAGCCAUCAGACGUCUCUGGCCAAGAGAAACUUGGGGUUUCAACAAAGCUCUUUAAUAAAGAAGGUUCGAUGCGUGUUUGAAUGAUGAUAGAUUUGAUUAACAGAGUGCGGUGUUUUAUUUCUAAAAAUAUAUAUAUAUAUGUUUUUUAAUGUAUGUAUAUAUAUAUAUAUAUAUAAAAAAAUCUAUCAGUUAUUAUAGAGUAUUGUGUGUGCACUUUUGUUUGUUGCUGUUGAUUUAAUAGAUGUUUUACACUCCGUAUUAAUACACAAUAACAUAAUAUUAUUGUUAUGUCAGUAUAUUAAUAAUAAAAACGUAUUCGAUUUUAUGCAGUACAUAUCGAAACGCUUUUUUCUUUUUUUUUUCUAAACAGUUUAUAACAUGUUAAUGUCGAUGUCGUUAAUGAGUUUUAGUCGUUUUCCAGGCCGAAUUUUUCGAAAACGAUCGCCGUCAACAUCGGCCCAACCCCCAAUGGGCGAAUCAUCAAAACAAUAACCAUCAAUUGCACAGGAGUCAAAUAGUGCGCAGUCCCCUGAGGUUCGUCAAAGGCGAGUUUCGCGAGAGCGACUACGAGAGCGAUUACGAUUGCCGAAUCCAACCGAUUUGGCGGCCUUACGAUUCGGAAUCGGAAGAGCCGGUGUACAAGCCGGUCAGGCCCAGUUUCAAAACGCCCGCCGCCAAGCAGACCGCCGCCGUGGAGACGCAGCGUUACCAGCAGCAGCAACACCAACAGCACUACCAGCAGCAGCAGCAGCAGUACCAGCAGCAGCAGCAGCAGUACCAGCAGCAACAGCAGUACCAGCAACAGCGCUACCAGCAACCGUUGCGCACUACGCCCGUGCAACUGAAGGAGAUAACCCGGCCGGCGUUCGAUUUGAAACCCGGUUCGCCGCCCGAGAUCGGUUACGCUCCUUCGCCGGACGUGCACAGAUCGGUGAGCUUCGUCGAGUCCGAGCGCAACGAGAGCGUGCAGCGGACCACGCAUUUCUUGUCGUCGAACGGCCACAACGGUAACGCGUCGGGCAACAACCUGCAGCAGCAAGAUUACGGCGACGGCGCGCUGGAACGGAAAGCCGAGGCGAUACGGUUGCAGAGAGUGGACGAGAUGAGAAAGAGGUUCGAACAGAAAUCGCUAGUUCCCGCCGGCGGAUCCGUUUCGGUCCAGUCGGUGUCGUCGCGAUCGGUAUCGUCUUCCGCACAAGGUAUCCCGCAUAGUAUACGGGCAAUUAUGUAGAUUAUUUUACGCUUGAGCAUUGGACUAUUGGACAUAAUAUGAAAUAGUAAUACAAUCGGGGGAAAAAAAAUCGGCUUUGCGCAUACAUUACAAUAAUACAUAAUAUUUUGAAUUACAUUAUUUUACGUCGAUAGAGCAAUACCUGUAUAAUACUGUUAUCAUUAUUUAUUGUAUACGAUCAGGUGCUACUAACCAAACCGAUAUCUCGGCGACCGGGAUACCGUAUUUCAAACACGAUUUCGGAUAUGAAUUCGGCGUAGCGUAUCCCGUGAAAACGAGAGACGGUCAAACGGCCGACCCGGCGGACAGCGUUAGCAUUCCGGUGGCGCACGAAUUUUCCCAGACCGUUCAAAACCGCCGGACAUCCGAAAUGUCUGCCGUUAACAGCGCGCGCCGAGAAAACGUUUUCGGGUCAACCACAGGUGAAGGAACAACAGGAUAAUAAUGCUACGAUAUUAUUUGACUCGGCUCUCUCUCUCUCUCUCUCUCUCUAUCUAUCUCUCUUUCUCUUCUCGAUUGCGGCACUUCAAACUUUACACGCGCCGCCGUUCGAUAAUACGCGUGUGCGAUGCCACGCCCCGUCGUCGACUAAAUCGCCCGGCUCGUGAAAUCGCGUUUUCCGCGUCCGUUUCGCGCUGUUGGUUUCGACAUCAGGCCCGGACCCAGAGGCAUGCGCGCGAACGCAUUCUGUAAGUCGGUCUUGUUCCGGUGUUUUAAUUAUUGCGAGCCGAACACGACGACGACGUCGUUCAAGUGGUCAUAUUUCACGUGUCCGUAACUCGCUUGGAAAUUAAAACACCGGAACGAAACUCGUACAAACGCAGACCGUGUUCGUACCUUGGCGAUCUCCGAGGAUCGGCGGGCGCGCCUCGACGUCGAAACCGACGCAGCGAAACGGACGAAGAGCGUAAAUAAACCGCGAUUUCGCGAAUUGGGCAAUUUCGCCGGUACAGGGCGUGACACACGGUGUACAAUGCACACUAUGUACGCUUUGGUAUAUACGGUAGAAACCGUUCUUAACCAGCGCCCUAUCCCCCCCCCAUCCCGAACAGAACGCGCGGAAAUUGUAAUUUUAAAAUUUUUAUUUGAGAGGACGUGGUUGUACCCGCAUCUACACUGUCUCAGUCCAACUACCGGGCGCGACACGCGAAAACAGAGUGUACGCGGAAUAAGGGAAAAGCUUGUUUAAUUUCGAUUUUAGAGUAAAAGUACUGAGCUACGAAAUGUAUAGAGAACGGUAUUCUGGAGGGAACGCCAUGGGUAUUUUUUGAAUUAAAAAAUUACAGUGACUAUGAAAACCCUACGACGACUUCGUUCCCUCCAAAAUCAAGUUCUCUAUACAUUUCAUAUAAAACGUAAUUUUUUUUUUUGCUCUAAAAUCGAAAUCAAGCUGGUUUUACUUACUUCGGCGUAAGCAUUGUUUUCGCACGUUACCCCGGUAGUGGGACUGAGACAAUAAAUGCGUAUAUAACGUCCUCUUAACGAUAUCCGGUACUAUCCGCGUACGGUUUGUUUUACAUUUAAUUAACCCCGACAACAUUUCGAACUGAUAAUCGCUACGUCGUCGAUUGCAAACAGUUUCUACUGUAUAUACCUAUCUCUUCUGUAUAAUACCGUAAUUAAUUUCAAUAUCUUCCGAGUGUAAAGUUUCGUUUUGAACACAUAAUGUUGUUGUUGUGUAUCAUGUAUUGUGUUAAGUUUUCGAUAUUGUUAUAUUAUAAUAAUAAUAAUUAUUGCGUAUAGUGUAAUAUGUAUUUUCAUUACUAAUAUACGCAGAAAACAAUACCGCUUAGAUAGUCUGAGUGUGUGCAUAGCGACGAGACCGCCAAUACAAUCUACCGCUUUUCACUGUAUCUUGGUAAAACGUCUUCUUUUGUAAGUAAACGUACGCUGCAAGUUGUAUAAUGAUUCUAUAUUACCGUCGUUUUAUUGAUUUUUUUUUUCCGUUUUAAACCCACUGCUUCUACUAAAUUGCACGCGGAGUUAUCGUUUGACGUGCACAAUGUUGUUUUACGUUAUUAUGCAGGUGUCCCGCGGGACACGAAGAUAUACCGAUUACAAUAUCUCCGGAGAUAAUAAAGAUAAUAAAAUUCUAUUUUGUUUUCAUAUUACUCGCAAGUCAUAUGGACUACAAAGAUUUAUAUUGCAAUUCAUUUUUCGAUGCUUUAACAAAAAACUUAUUAAAAAAUAACUUUUUAUUUUUAUUAAAUUCGUUAUUUUUAAUAAUUUUUCGAAGUUCAGAGAAAAGUACCUGUAAUUGUGCAGCAGGUUAUAUAAUCGCAUUCUCUAAUUGAUUAUUGUUAUUAUAAUUAAUACGAUUCUUUGAGCUUUAAAAAAAAAACAAUAUUAAAAAUCACAAAUUUAAUGAAAAUAAAAAGUUCAUACGUCAAAAUGUUCAGAAGAAUAAACUAUAUACAAUGGCUGUCUUCAACUUUUUUUUAAAAAUAAUAAAAUAAAGUAAUUUUUUUAAAGUUUUUACCGAAACAUAAAAAAAUAAUUGCUGCAUAAAUACGUGUAGUCCUUAUCCAAGUGAUUACAGUGAUUAAUGUAACAAAAAAUAAAAAAAAAAACAGAAUUUGAUUAUUUUAUUAAAAUAAACUCCAAGCGGCUUUUGGGGCAAUAUACAGAGUAAUAAAAGUUACAAUUUUGUGAUAAAUAAUGUAAGAUACAUAAAAAAAAAAACAAUUUCAAUAACGUAUAAAACUAAUUUUACAAUUAGAUUAAAGAGAACCACCUAUAAUUAAAAUUAUAAUGUGAGGUAUUGAAGCAGGCCAGGAUGCGAGAGAUAUUGCAGUGGGUGUAUCUUCGUGUGGGACACCCUUUAUAGAACAGACUAGCUUUGCACGCUGAAAAACUGUCGAUUGUUAUCGGUAUAUUGAAACGUACGAUAAUAUGUUAACGUGUCGAUUUUCAGAUGGACCCGUUACUAGCCCCGUUUACCAAAAAGAACUGAACGCCGCCGCCGUCGUCGAUCACUCGGACCCUUCGCAUAGUUUACCGUUCUUCGUGACCGUAAGUAUUUGCGACCGCAUUGUUAUGUAUUUGAUGUUUUGAGGAGGUCUCGCCGACAACUCGCAAUUCUCGCGAAAAUAGUAACAAAUCGCUGUAGGUAUAUAUCUUUUGGAGAUGAAACACCUACGUUAUAUUAUAAAACGAAUUAUCUAGAAGGAGACCGAUAUUUCGAAGGGAACCCCCUCGUGUUACUAUGAACGCGAAAUACCACUGAGCCAAAACAAAAUAGCGACUGGCGUAUUUUAAUAAUAUUAAGUCCAGCGAAUAUGCGCGAGUAACAUUUAUUCGCAAAAGAAUUUGAAUAUGUUUUUGAGUUAAAAUCGCCUACGCGGAAUCAUCCCCUUGCCAAGAAUACCGGGCGUACCGACUAGAUUUGUUUUACUGUGAACAGACAAAACAAUCGCGAUAUAGUUAUUCCUUAUAUAUAGGGCUCGGAACUUAUUGCACUUAAAAUCCACAAAAAACCCGCUUGAAAACGUCAAAAAAGCAUUAAAAAAAAAAAAAAAAAAAAGCAAAAAUGGUAGAAGGGUUUAAAUGUUCUUCUCUCGAACGGUUUUAACAUAUUAAAUACAGUUUUCUAACGCUACACAAAUUAUUAACCCAAAAUUAUUUUUUUAUAAUACGCACAAUUUAAUUAAAUUUAAUUGUUUGUUAAUCAUCUGUGUCGUGUUUGAAAAUUAUAUCGAAUAAUUUAGAGUCGUUAGACGGGGGGCCUUUAAACCCUUCUACCAUACUUCGGUCUAACGAUAAUUGCUUUAAGUGCUUUUUUGACGUUUUUUAAGUACUUUUUUGUGAAUUUUAAGUGCAAUAAGUCCCGAGAUCUACUUAUAAAUGACAAUAAUAUUAUUGUCGGUGUCGGUACGUUUUUAUCGUUAUUGGUAUUAUCUCUAAAAUCACUUCGAAGGGCACUUGCAUACGUUCGUUCGAAAAUUAAGAACUCGAAUGCGUUUGUGAAGUUAGAAUUGACUGUUGAUUGCGCCCCCGGCAGAACACCGAACUAGAUUUGUUAACGGACCGAACAACAAUUACAAUAAUAAUACAGUCGUUCCAUGCAAAUUGUAAACGGCAAUAAUAUUAUCGUUGCAGCCGUUGAAAGACAUAGCCGUAGUCAGCGGUAAGACCGCCAGAUUCGAGUGCAUAGCGCAAGGCGAGCCCAUCGAUGACGUCAUGUGGUCGUGCAACGGACACGUGUUGGAGAACUCGGACUGUUACCAGACGCAGUACAGGAACGGCGUGUGCAGACUGACAAUACCAAAAGCGUACAAAUGUGAGUCGGGUCUGGCCCGGGUAGACGAACGUCUGCAGCAAUAUUAUUAAUAACAAUAACAAUAUUAUCAUUAAGCCGUUUCGAAAAUUAUUAUUAUCGUACCGUGUCGUUUUCAGUCAAUGCCGGGUCAUACGUGUGCACCGUUUCCAAUCGCCUGGGAUCCAGCAGCACAUCGGCCAACCUACAGGUGUCAGGUGAGUCUCGCACGUUCAUUCAACACUAAAAUUCAUGUAUGGGCUUGUUCUUCUUUCACUUCACAAAAAAAAAAAAAUAAAUAAAAUUAUAUUACACUUCUGAUCGGUGCGGUUUAUAUUAUUCUAAAUAAAUUUUAGUUUUUAACAUAAUAUAAUAUAUUAUAAUAUACAAUAAUUUUGUUUUUGUAGAAUACGAUAUUAUAUAUUAUACUUACGUUAAGGUUUCUUAACCCGAAUAUCACAUUAUUAUUAUAUUAUUAUCAUCAUCAAAGUACAAUUUAUUGUUGUUUAGAAUGUAUAGUGUUGUUGUCUAACUACAAAAAUGUCAAAUAUAUAUUUUAAUAAUAAUAUUAUCUUAAGUAUAAUCUAUAGAUAAUAUAUUAAUUAUAUUUGUUUAGUUAAUUUUUUUUUUUUUUUUUUGAAAAAUUGUAACAAUAAUGAUGUGUCUACAAAUUUAUCACCGCAGUAAUAAUAAUGAUAAUAAUAUUAUUGUUUUGUGUAACAACGUUAAAAAGUUUCAAUAAACUUUUUAAAACGGUUAUGGUUUCUUCUUUCUCCUAUCUGUCUAUCUAUACGCUCUCGUAAUCUAUCUACGCCUUACGCUUACAGCAUAAGAUAAUGAAAACAUGGACGGGACAUGCCAGCUCGUCAUCGGCGAAAACCGUAGUCGCCCGUAGUUUUCAUGUACAUAUCACAAUCAGUGCUUGACUUGGGAAAAAAGUAGCUGAGGUACUUUUAAAAGCUACUUUACCGCGGGUAAUUCCCACACCUCCUUAUUGUUAUGGUCUACUAAGAAGCAUUAAUACAAAACCAUCAAACACGUAUCAUAACCAAACAGAACAAUGUAAUAAUAUUGUUAAUUUGUUUUACUUGUCUUUUUUAAAACAGUCAUUCAAUACAAUAUUACAAACUUAUUUUCAUAUAAAUUAAUAAUUUUUCAUUUUUGGACAUCUUAAAAGAUUUCAUAAAUGAGAAUAUUGAUCACUGGGUUAAACGAGAUAAUAGAAUGUUGUUCAAUGAUAAUACUAUAAUAGAUGAGCGGUUACUGAUUAACUGAUUUUAUAGAUAACGAAUGACUACUUAUUAGUUAUCAUGCAUCAGAUACGAAAUAUCAAUAGAUUUUGUAAAUAUUAGAAUAUUUUGCAUGGUUUAUGUAACACAAACAUUCAAGUUGAACAAUUUUACAAAAAUAGGUAAGCUUAAAUAAUAACCCGUCCCGUGCGUUGUUAUCCUUUUAAAAAAAAGAAGUAGGAGUACGCUAUAAUAUCCAAAAAAAAUCGUCUGAGGUACUCAGUUCCCCCGCGUGACCCCCUCUCAAACCAAGCACUGAAUAAUACGGUCUCUGCACUUGUUGUUAGUAUCUACUUGUGUGAUUGUCGCGAUUUGUACGCCAAAAACGAAAACAAACGCGUCUUGUUGUCGGCCGAGGACCGCGAAAACAGUGGCCUCGGUUGGCGAUGUCCCGUCCAGGUCUUUAAUUAUCAAUAACGGGUAACAGCAAGUACCGUAACAUAAUAUGAUUACCUACCUAUAGUCAUAUAUUAUACGGUUCUGUUGAAAAUCAAACUGUUUGACGUUUGUCCGUUUAAAAGCACGUUUAUUUUUGUAAUAACACGUUUGCUGUUUAUCAUCGUAUAAUUGUGAAUGGAUUUGGUAUAUUAUUGUAACAAACACGUAUCCUAAAAAAAAAAAAAACCAAUCAUUCAUAUCACCUGUACAAUAAUAGUCACCAUCAUCUUAAUGUUAUUAUAUACAAUAAUAUUCAUACUGCACGGUAACUAUUGUAAUAUUGUAUUAUCGGUGUAACGGCGUCAUCCCGCGUUGUCAUUGAUUAUGGAGCCGGUGCAUACUAUAGUAAAGUGUACUACGAAUGCAACAGAUAAAACGCUUAAAAACAGUAUGCCCGGUAUACGGUUUAUUUUUAUGACAAAAAAAAAAAAACACCAAAAUAUUACUUUUAAGUUACACGUGCGGCGAAAUUAUACGUUAUUCGUUUAUUAAAGUGCUAUUUCGUGUUUAUUAAAACCACGGACGGACGGUCGUGGCAGCGUGGCGCACAGAGAAAAAAUAUAUACGUUUUUUUUUUUUUUUAUUUACUUAUAUGUUUUCUUUAACGUGAAACAUUAAUUUACUUUCCGUUAUGUACAUCUCACUUGUUAGUUGUUUUGAUACACGAUGUUACGUUUCAUCCUUAAACGACUUUGAAAAUUAUAACGUAGGUAUUAUAACAUGCGAAUCGCUAAGUACAGAUAGGGCAUGCGUCCAAAUUUUAAAAUUUAUCAAGAAAGACUAAAAUAAAAAACUUUAAUAGGUAUCUUUGAAAUAAUAAUAAAAAAAAAAAAACCCGAAAAACAAAUCCAGUGUUAAUUACUGUAAUGUUGAAGUGUUAUAUAUCGUCUUGGUGUUUUUCAAAAUAUUAUAAAACUCUAUAGGCGCUUAAGGUGUUUUUUGUCUUUGUCGAAAUUUUUUUUAAAAAUUCGGACGUGCGCGCUUUCUGUAUUUAGCGAUUCACGUGUAAUAAUAUUAGGCGCAUAAAUAAUAUUAUAUUUUCAACCCAUAUGAUAAAAAAUGAUAUUUUUACACUUGUAUAAUAUCUAAUAUUAUUAUACAAAAUAAUAUGUGAUUUUAUAAUUCUGAGAAACGAGAAUCGGUAGCCUAGUGAAAAUUGAACAAUAUGUAAACUGAAAAUUGACCGAUUCCAGCCGCUCGUGAAUGCGUUUUGUUUUUCAAGGGAUGUAGGAUGACAUCUGGUUGUUUAUACUGCUACGUCUUCUCAUCGCGACGAGAAACGUAUGUCCGGAAAUCGCUCCCUCCGGAGUAGUGUCAUUAUAUCGGUGAAGAGUAAAAACGGUUCGUAAUAUUAUUAUGCGAACAUUUCGUUUCAAUAAUAUUUAUAAUUAAAACGUCUGAAAAAUGUAUUGGAAUGAUAUUUAAAAAUUAAACACAUUUUCAAAUAAACUAUAACCUUAAGCGUCCUGCUCGCGGUUUUUUACGAAUCGUUAACAAUAUUACUGAUAACAGAUUGUUAGCAUUUACGAGUAUAAUUGAAUCAUUUUGACAAUUCUUAAGAAAAAGUUUUAAUGUCUAUAUUAAGGGUUAAUUAAUUAGUUUCGCUCAGACGUCCGAUAUCGGUUUUUUUUUGUUGGAAAGAGGAAAAUUUUCUCUAAGGUACACUGAACUUCGAUUUUCGACUAUGCAGCCAUAAAUCUAAAAGAGUAUAAGUUAAAAAAUAUAAUAAGAAAUAGGUUAUAUUUAAACUCUAAUAUUACUAUAUUACACUAAUAAAUCAUUAAUUAAUACUAAAUAUUUAUCAUUCAAUAAUAAUUAAAUUUAAAAAUCUACGAAAUAGCGUGAAGUACAGAUACCAAUAGUUAUAUUUUAUUAACUUACGGGUACUAUGUAAUACAAAAGCGAAUGUUGUUUUUAUUAUUAUUAUUUAUACCUAUCAAAAUUUAAGAUUUAAGAUUUAAAAUUUAAUGUUAUUUGUAGGAAAACUUGUAAUUAUUUAGAAACGACAAUGCUGACUAAUUAUUAGCAAGCAUUGAUACUCCGAUGGAAAAAAAAAAUUAAAAAUUAAAAUAUUCGUCAUUUUUUCAACUCUGAAAUAUUAUAAUUAUAGCGAAAAAUGGACGUAUUUUUGUCCGCGAAUUAAAAUAACUCGAAACCUAUUGAAUAAAUUCCAAAUCGUUAUUGAUUCGCACAGACUGUCAAAGAAAAAUAGGUACUAUAAAUUUGACAACAUUUGAGUAGGUACUUGUGCGUUUAUAUUAGGUAUAUAAUAUUCGCGUUGGUACGUCAUUAAUAAAAGUAUAUACUUGGGUGUUAUAAAUUAAUAUUAUUACCUAAGAAUUUUAUAAAUUUUAGUGAAAAAAAAAAAAAAAAAAAAGAAAUUUUUAUUUUAUUCGCGGAGAUUAAGCCCUUAACCUCCGUCCUCCUAGUCGUUUCUAUCUAACGGGAUAGAGUUACUUUCCUAUAUUUAUAUUGGCAAGUAUUCGGGACAAUUAUUUUUUUCUUUUUAAUUGGAUUUUUCAGAUUGUUUUCGUUAUUAAAUUAACUAAAUAGACAAGCUGGUAUAAACGAAAAUAAUAAUAAAUAGUCACAAUAGUUUACAUUUUCUAUCAACGGUCGGCCACCACCGGCCACCAGUUCGAUCUAAAUAACUACGAGUAAAAUACGAUUGUAAUUUUUUUUUUUUUUUUAUAUAAUUGUUUGAAAAAUGUUUAUAAUGAUGGAUUUUAAUUGAAACGCGUGUCGAACGUAAAAUAUAACUAUUGUGGGGCGAGAAAUUUCGUUAGUAUUUUCGUAAUAACAUAUUACGCGAAAGUAAUAUCGUGUAAUGACAAAAGUGUAACGAAAUUAUUGUGUAUUCCGAGUGAAAUUAGGACGUGCGUUAUACACUCUUGUUGCAUUCGUACUCGCUCAGUAUAAAUCCGUUUAUAUUUUUAGACGUGCGUCGUUUUUCGUUUUACACCCACAACCACACGACACGUUAUAUUUCACAUUCCUGAAUAAAUUAUUAUUAUUAUAAAUCCGGCCACUUUACGCGCGGAACGGUUUAUUAUAUUUUAUUUCCAUAGUCACAGGGUGGAAAAAUUAUUAUCAUUAUUAUUAUUUUUAAAUAUUAUUUAUAGACGGUUUAUUUUUUUUUUUUUACAUAUAUUAGCACGCCCGACAAUAAUAACAAUAAUAAUAACAGUAAAUAAUUUAUGUACUAUUCGGACGGUUGCCGCGUUACCGUCGUUAAAACGAUUUUGCCAUUUUGACGGGAAAAUUAUUACAAACGCGUAUAGGUGUGUUUUUUUAAAAGUAUUUAAGGAUAUUCGAAAGAUUCGGGCGUCGUUGCGCAACAACCUAAUAAUAAGCAAUGGCGUAUCGAGUCCCUGACAAUUUUUCACGAAACCGUCGCGUUUACGUGUCAUUAUUUAAAUUUUUAGUACAAGCACAAUGUCCUGUAAACCAAGUAUGUAACCGCAGACGGACGGGGUGGGGCGAUAUUUCAAAAAAAUUGAUAUUCAAAAUCGGAAUCUUGAUAUUGGACUUGCGGAAUGGUUUGUCCGAGAUUUCGACUGGAAUUUAAAGAUAGGUAGGCGCCUGAAUUUGUCUUAAAUUAAAAGAAAACAAAGUUUAGUAUUUUGUACAUCGUAACUGUGUACUGCUCGUGGGUUGGUCACUGUUGUAGGUGGUAAAUUGGAAAAAGUAGGAUAUACUAAAUUGAAUUAAAGUGAUUUAAUUUAUAUCUGCAGUACGCAACGUGUUAAGUCAUUGAUAAUAACGAAAAACGAUUCUGAGAGAAGUUAAAUUAACCGUGUUUGAAUAAACUUAAAUCUGGAAAUCGUAAUCAUUUUAGUCGUUUUUUUUUUUUAUCUAAAAUUGUUUAUCAUUUUUAUGUAGCCAAUAAAUCUGUACUUACAUAAAUCGGAAAAAGGUACGGGAAAUACUGUGAUUUUUUUACAAUCUUUAUUUCAUCAUAAUUUAACCUUAAAAUUGGAAAAUCUAGAUUUUUUUAUAUUAUUAUAGGGCUAUAACUCCAUCAGGAUAACUUAGGACUAUUUUUGAGAAGCCAAAAGAAAACUAAAAAAACUAGAAAAUUUCAAUUGCUUUAACCUACCUGAAAAUUGACUAUGUAUAUGUAUUCGGUGAAUGUUUCAGGUUUUUAAGAUAAUUAAUCUAUAAUAUUAAUAUAUUACAUCAAAAGAAUAAAAUCAGAAAAACAGAAACCACUGUUAAGUAAAUAUUCCCAUUUUUGCCACAAAGAAAAUCAAAAAAGAACCUCCUCAAUGCCAGUGUCGUAUUUAGAAAGAUCUAGGUGAGCGUCACAUUCAAGGGAGCGCCAUAAUGUUUUAAGACAUGGUAAAAUAGUAGGUUUUUUUUUUUAAACAUGAACCAAAUUCCACAGUUUAAACUCGCUCAGCAGAAUGCAAUACUGUAAUUAUGUUUUAGAGCUCAAAGUAUACAGUAUAAAACGUGUCAUAUUCCAGUUCGAUGUAAAAAAAAAAUGUUCUUACGGUAAGGAGCUAACGAGUAGUGCUACAGAGCGCUAAAUAAGUAUGUCUAGUGAAAGUAGUUGUACGUCUGCUCAAAACACCAAUUAUAAAACAUUUUAUACCAGAAAUUACCCCUAAUGUUGAUGAUCGGAGCAAAAUUUCUGGUACAAUAAAAGUUUACAGACAGGUAAACCAUUAUCACAAUAUCGUAGUAAAACCAUUCAUCGCUAUGCUCAGUAUCUAAAAUAGUGUUUCUGAAAAUCUUGAAUAAAAUCAUUGAAAUUUGCAAAAAAAAAAGAAGAACAUACUUCUCACGUGGGUGCAACCACUGUUGUAGGUGGGAAGUUUGGAAAGUAGGAUACAGAAGGGAAUUUAAUGUAACGUUCGCUAACAAAAAAAACAAGUCUGAGCGGACUUCAAUUGAUAGUGAUGCUUUGUCUACAAUAUAUUAUAUGUUAUAUUAAAGUAUAAUGCAUAGUAUUGAAGACAACUAAUUACCUAGAAAACACAUAUUUUUUUGUGUGUGUAGUAAAAAUAUUUUACUAUUUUACAAUUUCAUAUUUAUGAUUGGUUUAUAAUGAAAUAAAUAAAUUAUAAAUGAAUGAAUAAAAUAGUAUUAAAAUAAGUUAUAAAUUACAUCAGACGAGAUGUUGAUUGUAACUAGUUUUAAUGUGAUUUUCAAUUAAUUCACAAUUAGUUAGCCAAUUGCUUUUCCAAAUGUUUACAAUUUUUUGUGUAGUAAGUAAGGCGAAACUUUAUUCUUAUCCUUAAAAAAAUAAUUGUAUACAAUAUAGUUUAAUUUGAAAAGUACCUAUUUACCUACCUUUUUCAACAAUGUGCGACAACAAUAAUUGUUUAAAAAAUAUUAAAAUAAUACAAAAUAAAUAAAAACGGUUCCCAAUGACAACCUUGUAUUUAAUCUUUCAAUCUUUUUUAACUUAAUAAAGAACGAGGUUUCCUCAUCAUGUCGAAUAUUAAUGAGAAUUUCAAAAAAUUACCUCUCUAAAGUACCAACCAGAGAACUUUUAUUUUCAGAAAAGGUGCUAUACUUGAUAAUUUUAUUGGAAUAAGUUUUCUGGUAGAAAAAGUGCGCAUAUGGAAAAAAUAAACAUCAUUGUAAAACCAAUACAUUUCUCGCUCCGCUCAGUAUCAAAAAAAAAAAAAAAGCAUCUUAUUAUAAAUCUUAUAAUUAUACUGAUUUAUAUUUUGAUACAUUUUGGAUACAGAAUUUUACAGCGAGAAAUGCACAUUUUAUUUUUUCGGCUUUAUAAUUACGCACUGUGUGUUUUGGAAUAUUUCAGAGAAAAUUAAUAUCUCACGAAUAAGUUGGGGUUGUUUUUUUUGAAACUUUCUCCGUUUUACAAAAUGUUAAAGACUCGCACGUUUUGUUAUCAUCUGCAAUUAUAAUUAGGUAGAAAUACAACACUAAUAUCGUGAAGAACCGUUUUGAAUAUUACUACAAGAACGGUCUGACUCAUUGUAGUAAACCCAUUCGGUAUUACGACACGAUUUUUAAUAAUAAAUGUGCAAUAAUAAUAAUAAUCGGUAAUUUAUACCAGCACUGUCUCGGUGAGCUAGUUGAGUGCCAAAUUUCGGCGCUUGCGGUGUCAUAUUUUGGCGUUCUUUUUAAUUUUUUUUUUUUUAUUCAGUUUUCAAAAACCGCCAAUUUCCGUAUUGAAUAUUAUUCAUUAUUGUCAAAGUCGACGCUUUUCUAUUUUUAUCGGCUGGCUUUAUAAAAGUACCUUUACGUAUUUCGAUGACAUUACACAUUAUUUAUAAACUUCAAUAAUAAUAUUUGUAAAACGAACGGUACUUCCUAUGUAUGAACGUAUAUAUAUAUAUAUUUUUCAUCUAAAGUUCUAUACGCUAAGCGGUUUUAUAAUUAGACCGAUGAGUUAUGCCGGUUUUGGCAUUGUUAUAUUAAAUUUAUAUAUUUUAAAAUCUAUUUCAGUUGCGUGCAAAAUCUUUUAUUAUUUAUUUUGUUUUUUGCUAAAGGUAAAUAUUUUUCUCGCGAAAGUGAACGCCAGACAAUGUUUGUCUUCAUCAUCAACCGUCAGAUCGGUAAUUGUGUCGCGAUGAUGACGAAAAUUAGUUUUUUUUUUUGGUGUUUAACGAAACAGCUAAUGCGUUUGAUUCUGGUAUAUAUAAUUAAAUUUACUCGAUUCGAUAUAGAAUUUCCCCCGAAAUCACAUUGCGCUAUAUAGAAAUUUUAAAAGUUAGGUUAUACUUCUGCAGUAUGUUGUUGUUGGAGGCGUUUGUUUUAGCUUUGAAAAAUCUUAUCAGGGCUAUAGACCUACCUAAUUGAGCUAUUAGUGAAUGAUCUUUCGCAGUAUAACAUGCAUUGCGUUAGUGUCAAGGCUGUGCCUUUUGUGGGGUUUUAACUUCAAAACCCCUAUCAUGGAGUUUUGUGGGAGGUAGUAUAGUAAUGUAAUAUUGCAUAGUAUUGGUUAGUUUUGCAAAAAAUAUUUUUGUACUUCAACAUAGAUGUGGGAAAAUGUGCGCUAGUGGCGAAGCACGAAUAUUUACGAGUGUUUUUUUUACUUUAUCCCCCGCAUUCAUGUAUUAGAUACAGCGUUGAAUAAGGCCAACACGAGGCAUCGAAAAUAAACGUUAACGCAAGUAAACACUAAUGGAGGCAAUGACUCCACGGGGCCAAUUGCGCGGUUCUUCCAUGAAAACAGAAAACGCAAGACGUCACGAACCGAUCGGCGGACUUCAAUGUCGGACGGAUGAAUUAAGACGAUUCGUUCGUUCUGCAGUAUCUACUGGACAAUAUUUCAAGCUGAGUGGAUAAAUUAGGCGUAAUGAUUCAAUAAAACCACAAAAAAAAAAAAUUCCCGUAUCGCGAGCAGCUAUACGAUCGUAACGUCGUCGUCCACAACACUUUUGGGGGCUACGUUUAAAUAUUAAGCCAACCGAUUCGCGAAUUUGCAAAUCACGUUCGCCGUUUCCGCGGAAGAAAUGCUUUGACGACGCGUUACCGUGGUACUUAUAGUGAACACGGUUUAAUAACGUGUAUUUUGAUAAGACGUACUGUUAAAUAAUAACUGCAGGUGAAAUUUUAUUGAGUUUUACCCAAACGGGCUGUACUACACAUGUAGAGUUACAAUAAAAUGUAAAUUUCAAAUUGAUAAUAAAUGCAGUAAUCCGUUAUCGGGCGACAAAGUUCAUGAAAUGUAUUAUAUUUUAUCGAUAAACGAUUUUCGAUGUGGCGGACGGGGUCUGGGGACAUCAUAAACGUGAAACGACGCGUUAAUAUGCAGUAAGUAUUUGCCGUUUUAACAAAAUAGAAAAAAAAAAUAAUAAUUAUCUCGUCCGAGCCAAAUCAUCGCGAUCCGCGUUUAGUAUAACCGGUAAUUCCGUUGGACCCGCGAGUCCGACAGAAUAAUAUUAUUUCAACGUUAUUCGCAAUAGAACACGAAGAAGUUGACUACGGUCCAAAAACAAAAAAAGAAGAAGACGUGUGCCGUUUUGUGAAUAAUCUCGAACUUUUAUCGUUUUCUAAAAAGCGCAUCGUCGUCUCACGCGGUCAUAGCGGUGCCCACGCCCACGCCUCGCGACUAUUCAAGUCGCCGCGGCCAGCUCGUCCGUCCAACACGAACGCAAUUUUAUAAAUACAAAUCAAAUAUGGAAUAUCGGUUUCGUGAUACUAUGACGCGAGGUUCACGUUCGGCACAAACAAAUAAUAUUGAUUCUAAACAAUAUCUGUACAAACAGCGCGACACAUAGAAGAAAAUACUACCGCCACAAUACGACACGACACGUCACGCCGUACAAAAAGAAAGACGAUCGUGAUUUUUUUUUUUUGCCGUAACUUUUUUCAAAAAACAUAAUGUGUUUUUGGCUUCAUGAACGCGAAAACCAGAUUUUGAUUUUUGGUUUUUCUCGGUUAUACAAGCCGAAUUGCCGUCCCGAAAUACUGUAUUUGAACAUUUUAUCCGCAGAAUUAUCGCGCUCAUCAGAUCUUUUUUUAGUUUUUAUUAUUUUUUUUUUUUUUUUGAGAUUUUUGUCGACUCCCGAUGGGCUACUCGCGGGGAAAAACACCGCCCGCCGACUUAUUACUGCGUUCGGAAUCGUUUCUCCGUUCACGACGAAUAUCAUCGUGCACAAAGUAAAUAACCCCGCGCGUACGCCGCCUCGCCCAGAGCAGCGUCGACGUUUUUUUUCCUCUCCUCCACCUCCCCCACCCCCGUUACCGAACCAAUAAAUUACAUCUUCGUCAAAACAUUACUGUCGGCCACGGAACAGGCGUAUAUUAUUAUCGUACAUCAUCCGACACGCGCGAUAUGUCGAACCGUUAACGUCGUCUAUCCGGCCGUCGAAUCUCAUCGUUAUAAAUUUAUAGUAUCGUAUUAUAUUUAGACGCGUCGCAGAGUCGGUAUACGGGCACCGCGCGUCUAGACGCCGCCGGACACGGAAUUUAACCGAAUUGCUGCAGAGGGCGGCGGCGGCGGCGGAUGCGUUCACUUGUCUGUGGGUCCUGACGGAAAUCGAACGGUGUUAUUAUAUUAUUAUUAUUACGCGUCGCGACAAAAACACGCGGAUAUAAAAAAUGAUAAAAAAAAAAAAAAAAAAAAAAAAACCGUCGCCGGCAAACCGAAAAAUUGGCACCGUCUCGCGGCCGCCGGUCUCUUUGGCAACGGGUCGGCGGUCGACCACCACUCCGGCUGCGGCUGCGGCCACUACGCGCGAUAAACCGCUCGAAAAAUCGCCGGCAAAGCCGGUCUAAUAAUAACGUCCUUGUCGACGCGAACGCGACUUUUACUGCUCUCUCACUCGUUCUCUCUCGCCCUCUCACCACCCCCCCCCCUCCAACCGCCACCGCGGUCCGCGUUCGACGGGUACACAAUGAAUAAUAUCGCAAGACGCGGCGGCGAUUGUGUUACGAUUACGGUAGCCGGCGCGUUACCGUUACGAUAUCGCGGCGGUCCCGUUUUAUCGGAAUAAUAUUAUCGAAUCGCGUUGUUCGCGCGGCCGGCAACGUCAGCAACAUAAACGACGGGCGAUGUUUCCCCGUCAAAAGGGCCGUCUGUCGAAUUUUAUCGCAUUUUUCCGGCGAACGAAAAACGACCGUUUCGCGAACGGCCGGCUAAACGUCGUUUUUGACGACCCCCGCCCAUUUUGAACACGGGUUUGGAUAGAGAACAUUUUUCUAGAAUUUUUGAUACGCCCAACACCAAUAUCGGGUCUGCCGUUUACGAGUAAUAACAGUUUUAAAGUUCAGACCGGAGGAGUAGGGAAAGGUAAUUCACUUAAAAUCCUCUGGGAUAAUUGCUGGUUCACGAUAAAAUGAUCACCCAGUAUAGGAAUAAAUGGAUUAUUGAACGUCGCGCAUACGCCCUCUUAAUAAAUCAGUGUUGGUUUAAUUGUAAUAUUCUAAAAGAGCGGCUGGAUAUUUCGACAUUACCAAUUUAAUUUUCUGUAUUUAAAUACGCCGUUUUAAAGAAACACCAUUGAUGCUAUUGUCAGUGGCAAUAGUCUUGCGCUGGGGAGAGGGUGGAAAAAUGAUGACGUUAAUUUUUCCUAAUAAUCAAACGCAUACAUUAAGUAAGUGCUAAUAUAUAAGCAAUAAAACGAAAAAAAUCGUUACAAAUUCCGUAGCGGUUAAUUCGUAUCAUUGAUAUAUAAUAUACAUAAAUAAUGCAAUUUAAGUGCAGGUUUACGACGAAAAUUCAAGCUUCCUUUUGUCAUUAUUCGAUAAUUCAACCGGUACUUUACGAUUUAUUGACGAUUAUUAUUUACAUCGUUUUUUUUUUUUUUGUUCAAACUCGGAGUGUACCGAUAGAGCUAUAUUUAUUUUUUUUUUACUAAAACGCGUUUGUUUUUUUCUCGGGAAAACGCAUUUUUCGGAUUAGUAAAUAUGUUUCGAUUUUUUCACGCCGCACCAUAAAAGAUGCUGAUUUUUCGUUUCGUCGGUACUUGAAACACUUUUUGAAAUGUUCAUGAGUUUACCCCUGUUUUUUUUUUCGGUUUUUUCUCGGAAAACACUUUUUCGGUUGGUAAAAUACGCUUUAAUAAUUAUUUGUAUCGUAUUUUUAAUGACGUAGAUUUGACGUCCGUCGGCCAUACUUUAUUCGAUAAAAAUCCAUAUAGAUUCUCAAGAAAAUUGACGAAUUUACUACAUGCGUUUUAUUAGACGAUUAAGAAUAACUGCUGCAGAUACCGGAACCACGAAAUUCCGGUCUUGUUGACCCAUUCUGUUGUAUUAGCAGAGUUUCCAAUACCGUAAAUAAAAAAAAUAAUUUUCACAUAACUCGACGACGACGUUCAAUGCCGUUUUUUUUUUUUUUUAGAAAAAACUGCAGUACGUGCGUUCUAAAAAUAGUUUAUUUCGUGUUUUAUGAUCACGUCACGCUUGUUGAUGUUUGUAAGUACAUAUUAUUAUGUUUUUACGAUUUAUACAUGUUACAAUAUUGUGGAAACCUAAUGGACAGUAAAACAGUAUUUAUUUGUAAAGUAAAGCAAAUAUUAGGAUGAAAUAUAUUCUUAAAUAUGCGUGAAUAUGCUUAAAAAAUGACGCGAUACUCGUAUGUCCGUGAAAAUAAUAUAAAAUAAUAUAUUAAUGAAAAUUUCCCGAUCUAAAUAUUAUCCCUGUACGUCAUAAUAUAUGUUUUGGAAGGUCAGGGAAAACAUAUUUUAUGUCGGCUAUGGCUGAAACUGCCGUCGGUUGUGCCAUUGUUGUAAUAGGCGGAAAGUUAGGAAGAUAAGAUACCCGUUGAUACACAGAGUAUGUAUUAAAUGUAUACGUGAACGUUUAUUGGGGCUCGUUGUCGCAUCAUUGUAAACGGAAAAUGUUUUUUUAGCGUAUUUCGGUUAAACGUGUUUUGAAAUGCCGUGAUUAUUACGGUUUUUGUUUUUUCACCAUCGAGUACAACUCUGAUUAAAGCGAAAUUCGUGUACAAUUUACCAGCAUUUAUGGACAUUUUGCUCGCCUAAAACAAUUAUAUACUUACACACGUAAUCGAUUAAAAAUACACGAAAAGGUCAAAUGUCUAUAAACAGCUCAAAAAUCGCCAGAAUGUUUUGAAUCUUGACCACCUAGAAAAUUCUAAUAUAAAAUAUGAAAAUAUCAGGUCUCUACGGUAUUUUUGAACCGAAAGAAAACAGAAAUAAUGAAACAAUUAAUGCCCUAAACUUUCCCGGUUUUCCUACGUUAUCCUUGUUUUCCCUAAAAAUUAGAAAAACUACACGGAAAAAAAAAUAAAAUAAAGCCACACAUCAUUGAAUGAAAACCUAUACAUUUCUCGCUGCACUCCAAAUUUUAAAAACCAAGUGAAAAAACUUCGGUUUUUUUUUUGUCCUACUUCCGUGAUCUUCCGGACCGAUAAAUAUACCAAAUUUUAAUAUUGUUGCAAACUCAGCGCCGAGAAAAAUGUCUACGAUGAUGUUUUGAGAUCUGUUUUCGAUGUCAGUUUUUCUAUUUUCCGCCUUUCUCAGUGUUGUUUAUUUCGUGGUUUAUUUGUCCGGGUGCUACGUGAUAAGUGACGGCUUAAUAAUAUUUUGUAUCAAUCUUUAUGCGUGGGCAAUGUGCAUUUAUAAGCAGAGUGAUCGCGGACGAUUAUUAACGUCAAGUCACGAACAACAGCUCCCGGAUCAUAUGUAUAUUUUUUUUUUAUUCAGUCUUGUUAUUUCACGGUAAUGUUUUCGUAAAUCUACGGGUUUUCAUUAUUAAAAUUUUUUCUUUACGUCAUCACGUGUCUUUGUAUAUAUUUUUUUUUAUUUUCUACCGAGAGAUGAAAAUUCGUAUUUAUUUUUCUCUAAACUGUUUCAUUAAUUUUAAUUAUUUAUAAAUAUAUACGGUGUCGUAGAGCGUACGUUUUAUUAAUAAAGAUGAGCAAUAGUUUCCUAAAGUCGAUUUGACAUUAUUGCCGCAGAAAUUUAUAUACUCGUACAUGUAAUUAUGAAUUAUAUAUUUUAAAAUCACGACGUCGAAUUGAAUAAAAAAAAAUAUAUAAUGAGUCGAGAGCCUAUUCAAAUUUUUUAAAAAAAAUUCAAAGUUUAAAAUAUAAAACGAUUUUUGUACAGGAUAGUUAAAAUGAUAAUAAUAUUAUCGUUUUUUAAUCAGUUUAAUGAGUAAUGCGUAAUGAUCGAGUAGUACUGACCGUAUAAUUUUUUUUUUUUUUUUUUAAACACUUUUCUUUAUCGCGUUAAAUAAGACGCAAUUCGAUUGAAAUAUUAGAAGGAAUAAAAUUAGUAAUUCUUAGCGCGUUGUCAAUACGAGUGACUAUUUUGCGGGAUAUAAUAAAAUAGAUAAGUGUGAUGUGGUAUAAUAUGUAUUACACACGGGCCAACAACAAAAAAACGAAUCGUUGAUUUUAAUGUUUUAAAUCCGUUAGUCAUUCUUACUACCGUGAUUUGUAUUGUUAUUAUUAUUAUUUGGUUUACACGUACGGUAAUACGCUUUUUAUGUGUUCGAUUUUAGGAAUCAUUAAUUGUUUUGGGGAAAAAAACAAUAAGACGAAUAGUGAACGAUAUUAUUAAUGUGUUUUUCUGCACCGUGGCGCCGCCACGGUACAAACAUAAUAAUAAUAAUAAUAUUAUUAUACAUUUCACAGUAGCUGAUGUCAAUAUACAUAUGAUAUGUUUAUUUUAGUGGGUAUACUUGCGGCAUAUAGCGCGAACGAAAAAUUAUUUCAUGUUUAAACGAUUAUAACUCAUUAAUGCUGCAGUGGGCAGUGGGUACAACUAAACUGGUAUGGGCCUAACUAUUGGACUAGUAUUUUUAAUAAUUCGACGUCCUCGGGCGAUACAAAUUUAAUGUUAACCUUCCUCCCGCCCCUCAGAAUCAAAAGAAAAAAAGGGCUGGUAUUGUUGAAGGGUGUGCCACUGUUGUGGGCGAGAAUUCGGAAAAGUAAGAUGUGUAAAUUAAUUAAAUUUUUAUUUUGUACGCAAACGAAAAACGAUUCAGAGCAAAGAUUUUCACUACUGUAGUAUAGAUAAAAUCUAAUGUACAACAUAUGAUGAACUUCGUGUUUAAUUUUCGAGAAGUUUUUUUGGGCCCAAGCAAUUGUAUUCCCGUAAAACCAAAUAAAAAUUAAAAAUGCCUCUAAAUAGCUCGAAAACCGCCAGAAUGUCUUGAAAAUUUAAUCACGUCCAGUAAGUGCUGAUAUUGGGUAUUCUGUGAACAUUUCAGUUAUCUACAAUAGUUCAAUUAUAGUUAUUAGUAAUUAUAAUCACUCUUUUAAUUAUAACAAAUCUGUUCCACGCCUUUUCCCGGGUUUCUAUAAUUAUUAAGAAAAUUCCUAGGAAUAUAAAAAAUAUGACCGGAUUUCUGGUAGGAAAGUUGUUUACAGACAGAAAAAAAAAUACACAUCUUAGUGAAACCAAUAUACAUAUUGAGUGCUUCGUUGCGCACAGGAUCCAAAACAAACUUCUGGUCUAGAAUAAAAUUAAAUUCAGGGAAAUAAGAGCUCAAUAAAGAUUCGGAUUACAAAUAAGUAGUGGAAUCAUUUCAAACUUUUUCCUCGUCGGCUUCGUCGCUGAAUAAAUUUAAUUUCUUAUGACCAGUGAUUUACGAUUUGCUAAUUAUUAUGUCGUAAUACGACUGUCGUAUACGGUUGAAUUUAUAGUUAACUUUAUUUUUUUCUUGAAUAUAAAAUAUAUGACUUGUUUAAAAAUUGUACACGCAUUUUAAAUUUAAAAAAAACAACUACAACGCUAUUUUACAGUUCUUACAUUAGUACAGCUAUUACAGCACUUCAAGUACAAAUACUUGGGUUUUUAAUGAAAUCAAAUGUCUUCUUAGAAUAUUUGAUAUUGAUGUAUCACGGGCUGGUACGUAUGAUGUUAAAAAGAAAAAACUAAAGUAGCACAUUAAAAAUACCUGAAACGACUAAAACUUUAAUUGUAUUUCAAUAUUUCGAUGUAAUCUAUUCGCUUUUUUCGCCCAAAAUUCAAUACAUCAAAACGAUUCUACAGAAAAUUUACAUUUUUGCAUAAAAAAAUUAAAAGCUUGAUAAAAAAUAAAUCGCCCUUGUGCCAUUUACAAUGUUAUUCAUAAUAUAUAAUACAUAAUUAUUUCUUGACUUCGGGUUUCAUGCCAGCGGUUAAUUAUUAGAUCGGCAAGGAUAAAAUAUCAGUGAGUAAGAAUUGAAACAUUUUAUUCUCGCCUACAUACGAGUAGUCUAAAAUAACUAUAAUAUCAUACGGAAACUUAGACCGGGUGGCAAGUACAAAUUUGUACGAAAUUAUUGUAAAAUGAAUAUAACUAAAAGUAAAAAUCAUUUUUCAAAUUUGGUUAACACCGUUAAAUUAAGUUUUUACUGACGUCAUUUUUUAUGAAUAUGGUAUAAGUUAAGGUUUACUAUGUCCGGAUUAUAAUUUCUUCACAUUAAAAUAAUGCAUUUUUCGUAAAAUUUAUUUAAAAUCAGUAAUUUAAACUUAAAAUACCCAAUAAAGUUAAACAUGUUUAAAUUUUAAAUUUUUUUAUUAAAAUUUUAAACAAAACGUCGCAGUAUUUUUUUGCAACAAUCUAAGGUAAGUUUUUUAUUUUUAUAUUUCGGUCGGGAAUAUACUAGAGUGAUUAAAAUGAAAAACCAGUUUUACGGGAUUCAAAUCAUUGACUACAGAGAAUUUAAUAUCUCUGUUUAACGAACAUUUAUAAAUAGUGGAAACCUUCGAAUUCGGGAACCGACACCAAACCUAUAACCUUACCUAACCAACUUUGAAUAGUGAAGAAUACUUUGGUGGCCGAGAGUGUCGGAAAUUCAAAGGUUUCACCGUAUAGUCUAAGUAAUUUCAAAAAAUAUGUUCUCAUCGUUAUAAUAACAUGUUCACCAAAUGUCUUAAAAAAACAAAGCUGUUUUUAAUAAUAAUUGAGAAUGCACCCAAUUAUUAUGUUGAGUAUACGUACGCGUCUCCAUUAAUAAACUUAAUUGUUGUUGUCCUGUAGUAGGCUGUGCUUGUUGUGGCGGAUAUUUUUGUUUUGAUUUUUUUAAACGAUACGAAAUUAUGAACUUAAAAAAAAAAUACAUAAUAAUACAUAAACGACCGUCAAAAUAAUAUUGAUAAUAUUGUUGUGUGUUUUGAUUUUACAGAUAAUGAAUCAAUAGUAAAUUCGUACGUCGAAAAUUCUGUCGUAGAGAGCAAUAUUGUAAUCGAAUGUAAAUCUAGCGACUAUUAUAGUAAGUAA